UGAACUUCCACCAAAAAAUAUUCUUCAAAGGACUUACGGUGCGCGUAACCCACGGGUCUUUAUCAUUGUCUGUGCCCCGUUGUGUAAGUCCUAAGGGGCAAGGUGAAGUGUCGUGUUAGUCCUACAAGACAAGUAUUUUGUGUGCUGGUGUGAUUCGGUGGAAGUGAUCGGGGACCGGUGAUGUAGAAACUCGAAACGAGACAGUCUGAAAGGGAAAGUGCUCAUGUUGAUGACAUUCAAGGGAGACAAGUGGGUUCAUACUGUGCUACUGCUGUCCCCUUUGUUGCUAGGGUGAAUUUUUAUUUACUAACGUCAGCUUGUGGUGUGUUGAUCUUUUGCAUGGGGUAGGAAAGAGAAUGCCCUGAAGCGAGGUUGACUGGAGCUAAAGGGGAGAUUCUUGACCAAUGACAAAUGAGUUCAAAGGUUGAGUUCAGCCACCUUUAAUAAGUAGGUUACAUCUAGAAUAAUAAAUAUAGAAAUUAUUUAUUUUCGAUAUGGGAUGGUUGAUAAUCCGAACCAAAAAAAGGUUCACUCAGCUGUUUCUACAUGUUUGUGAACAUUGUUUAGUAUCAGGUGCUCAUUUUAUUUAUAGCAAGCUAAAACAGUUCUAUUGCUGCCCACAUAUACUACUUACCAGCUAAGUGCUAUUUCUUAUUUUUAUACCGUUUUUUCUAUUGUUUUGUUCGCUGACGAAGGCUUUCUGCAGAUACGUUCGCUGUUUUGUUGCGUAUAUUUUUUCAGGUUUAACCCUACUCUGUUUUACUCAUGUUAUUUUGUACUAACCUGAUUGCAGUCUCUCCCCUUAUUACCCCUAAAACAGUUGGAACAUUUCUGGAAGGUAAUUUCAAUGUUGACGCAAUGCGCCAUUUGAGCCAAUCGAACUCUGAUAUCUUUUAUUUAUUACAGAACUGAGUGAAAUUGUUACAAAAUGUUACAAAAUUUUAGCCAAUCGAACUCUGAUAUCUUUUAUUUAUUACAGAACUGAGUGAAAUUGUUACAAAAUGUUACAAAACUUUAGCCAAUCGAACUCUGAUAUCUUUUAAUUAUUACAGAACUGAGUUCAAUUGUUACAAAAUGUUACAAAAUUUUAGCCAAUCGAACUCUGAUAUCUUUUAUUUAUUACACAACUGAGUUCAAUUGUUACAAAAUGUUACAAAAUUUUAGCCAAUCGAACUCUGAUAUCAUUUAUUUAUUACACAACUGAGUUCAAUUGUUACAAAAUGUUACAAAAUUUUAGCCAAUCGAACUCUGAUAUCUUUUAUUUAUUACACAACUGAGUUCAAUUGUUACAAAAUGUUACAAAAUUUUAGCCAAUCGAACUCUGAUAUCUUUUAUUUAUUACAGAACUGAGUGAAAUUGUUACAAAAUGUUACAAAAUUUUAGCCAAUCGAACUCUGAUAUCUUUUAAUUAUUACAGAACUGAGUUCAAUUGUUACAAAAUGUUACAAAAUUUUAGCCAAUCGAACUAUGAUAUAUUUUGUUUAUUACACAACUGAGUUAAAUUGUUACAAAAUGUUACAAAGAUUCCCCAAAAAAAUUAUUUGAUGAUUUCUAACCAUCCUUUUUAACACAAUUUUUAAACAAUCUUAUUCAUCAAUAUUUCUUACCAUCUUAUUCAUCAAUAUUUCUUACCAUCUUAUUCAUCAAUAUUUCUUACCAUAUUAUUCAUCAAUAUUUCUUACCAUCUUAUUCAUCAAUAUUUCUUAUCAUCUUAUUCAUCAAUAUUUCUUACCAUCUUAUUCAUCAAUAUUUCGUACCAUCUUAUUCAUCAAUAUUUCUUACCAUAUUAUUCAUCAAUAUUUCUUACCAUCUUAUUCAUCAAUAUUUCUUAUCAUCUUAUUCAUCAAUAUUUCUUACCAUAUUAUUCAUCAAUAUUUCUUACCAUCUUAUUAAUCAACAUUUUUUUAGUGUCAUUUAAUAAUCAUGACUUUAUCUGAGUGGAUUCAACAGUUAUGGCCAGGUAGUACGGCUUGGACGUGAUCGUUACGUCAUUACCAUCAGGACAAUGAUGGUAGGCUGUCGCCUCGUGGUCAUCUUGUCCUUGUUCAUGCUGGUCAUUCCCAGUACAGGUAAGGCCAUACUGUUACGUGUUAGUGACCACUUCAUCUCCCACAAUCCGAACUGGACGAUCCUUAUACAAAUGUUCUAGUGCUAUAAAAGAAAAUAAAAUCGUAAAAUAUAAAAAAAGGAUACGUUUAGUACUAAUAUAUUAAAAUGAUAGGCUUAUGGACCUCAUUUUGGUGCGACAAGGGGUCUUAUCCCCCCUGGAAUUGUAGGUUUCAUUUAAAAUGCCAUGUACUGCGGCACACAGUAAAAAAAAAGUUAAAAGAAAAAAAAAGUGUAUGAUUUUUCUUCACCCCCCCCCCCCCCAAGGAAAAAAUGUAAUGAUGUCCGUGGCUAGAAAUGUAUAUUAUUAUUGCCGUCCAGCCCCUAGUGAUUUUCUGCACUAACUUGUAGCUUCUCUAUUGGGUGAAAGACCAUAAAGGAUAUCUCUCUACUUAUCCCCGGCUGUGUCCUCUCUCUCUAUCAAUAUCUUGUCUCAUCUAAUGUAAAUGAAGAGAUAUCGAAACUCAUCUAUCGAAACUCAUCUAUCGAAACUCAUCUAUCGAAUUGCAUUCAUAAACAGAAAAAAAAAAUUAUCGAAAUAUUAUUUUCCAAAUAAAAUUUAUUUCAAUUGAAGACAAACUGUAACCAAUAGAUUAUUUAUUGGCCAUCGAUCCCAGAUGGCGCAUCUUGUGCGUUUCCGGCUGACCUGACUGGGGAUUGGUGGUCUUCAAAGAAAGGGGAGGUCACUUUCACGACCACAACUUUAAGCAAUUACAACCCUUGCAGGAAACCCGAAGACUGCUCGGGGGUUACCUCCACUUGGACGUGUUUAGCAAGCUCAGGGAAUAAAUAUUUCAUCAGGUCAGUCAGCCAACGUCAAUCUUACAUCAAUGCAUACCCUGAAUAGAAUCAACUUAAAUCAAUACAUGUAAUGAAUAAGACCUACUGAUUAGCUUUCAGAUCAUGAGGUUCAGCUUUAAUCGGAUCAGUUUAGAUCGUCUCUUAACUGGAUAGGUCUAAAACAAAACAAAAAUACAGCUAACCGGGAAUGACUCAGCACUUUAGAGUUUAUGUCUAAUUUAAAAUGCAUGAACAACAUAGCUGUCAAUCAGGGACAUAUUGUAUAGUUGUACAAUUUAGACCCCGCCCACCCACCAAAACCCCCCCCCCCCCCCCCCCCCCCCCCCCCCCACACCCACACCACACCCCCCACUAAAACAAAACAAAAAUACAGCUAAACAGGAAAUACUCAGCACUUUAGAGUUUAAGUCUAAAUUAAAAUGCAUGAAACACAUAACCGUCAAACAGGGACAAAUUGUAUAGUUGUACAAUUUAGACCCCGCCCACCCACCAAACCCCGCCCCCCCCCCCCACACACACACACAAACUUUUUUAUGAGAAUGCAAAACCGAUGGUUCAGCUUUGGAUCACGAUCCACCAUUGAUUAUCUGAUCAAUUUAAAUAAUAGGAUACUAUAAUGAGAUAUUGUUCUAACGGCAUUGAGAAAUAUUUAACGUCUGCCUUGACACUACGGUUUGCCACCCUAUUUCCUGUUAUUGAUGCCAUGUUAUUGAUGCCCAGGUAUUGACGCCCUGUUAUUGAUGCCCUAUAACUAAUGCCCUGUUAUUGAUAACCUGUCACUGGUGCCCUGUUUAUAACUCAUUGUCGCACCUCUGUAGGAGUGAUCCAUUUGAAGUCCCAGGCACAGGAACAACUGCAUACGUGUAUGCAUGCCUGUACAUGUACAGACUGAGCAGUACAAAGUACUUGGCUUACCAGGGACCGAAGGGUAAGUUAUGCAUUGGUUGCAUCCUAAUUAAUGUCUAAACGAAUCUUACCAUUUAUAUUCUUUUCCUGUUUUCCACGUAAGGGUUUUAUUCAGAUCUGUAACCUUUAACUGAUAUCCACAUGAGGGAUUUAUUCAGAUAUGUAUCAUUUCCUUGAUUUCCACAUGAGGACUUUAUUCAGAUCUGUAACAUUUCCCUGAUAUCUACAUGAGUGAUUUAUUCAGAUCUGUAUCCUUUCCUUGAUAUCGACAUGAGGGAUUUAUUCAGAUCUGUAUCCUUUCCUUGAUAUCCACAUGAGGGAUUUAUUCAGAUCUGUAUCCUUUCCUUGAUAUCGACAUGAGGGAUUUAUUCAGAUCUGUAUCCUUUCCUUGAUAUCCACAUGAGGGAUUUAUUCAGAUCUGUAUCCUUUCCUUGAUAUCGACAUGAGGGAUUUAUUCAGAUCUGUAUCCUUUCCUUGAUAUCCACAUGAGGGAUUUAUUCAGAUCUGUAUCCUUUCCUUGAUAUCGACAUGAGGGAUUUAUUCAGAUCUGUAUCCUUUCCUUGAUAUCCACAUGAGGGAUUUAUUCAGAUCUGUAUCCUUUCCUUGAUAUCCACAUGAGGGAUUUAUUCAGAUCUGUAUCCUUUCCUUGAUAUCCACAUGAUGGAUUUAUUCAGAUCUGUAUCCUUUCCUUGAUAUCCACAUGAGGGAUUUAUUCAGAUCUGUAUCCUUUCCUUGAUAUCCACAUGAGGGAUUUAUUCAGAUCUGUAUUCUUUCCUUGAUAUCCACAUGAGGGAUUUAUUCAGAUCUGUAUUCUUUCCUUGAUAUCCACAUGAGGGAUUUAUUCAGAUCUGUAUCCUUUCCUUGAUAUCCACAUGAGGGAUUUAUUCAGAGUCGUUUUUUAAAAUUCUCAGUUUUUUUUUUCUCUGUUGUGUUUGUUGUCCUCAAAGUCUUCCAGCCGAAGUGUCCACCGUUUUGCGCUGUAUUAUUCAGGUUUUCCUCGGCCAUGUGUGCUACCAUCUGUGUUAGCUACCGUUGUGUGUUUACUACCAUGUGUGUUUGCUACCAUGAGGAUAUGAUAACAACCAAACAAUAUGAAACUAGAUUACAUGUGUGUCAAUGAUGUCAAUCCAAAGUAGAUGACGUAUAUUUCUCAAGCAGAACAAUUUAUGGAUUCUUUCAACUGCAGCCGAGAGACAGCAACCCUACAACGAUUAUGUCAUACCAAGCCGGAGUCUGACGUACGCACUGUCUGACCUGUGUGACCUGGACGAGAACGCCUUGCCUGCCAGCCGACACAACCUGUUCAUUCGAAAUGGUACGUCUGACGUAUGGGCAUUAUGGUAGGUCUCAUGCAUGGGCAUUAUGGUAGGUCUCAUGCAAGGGCAUUAUGGUAGGUCUCAUGCAAGGGCAUUAUGGUAGGUCUCACGCAAGGGCAUUAUGGUAGGUCUCACGCAAGGGCAUUAUGGUAGGUCUCACGCAAGGGCAUUAUUGUAGGUCUCAUGCAUGGACAUUAUGGUAGGUCUUACGCAUGGACAUUAUGGUAGGUCUCAUGCAUGGGCAUUAUGGUAGGUCUCAUGCAAGGGCAUUAUGGUAGGUCUCACGCAAGGGCAUUAGUGUAGGUCUCACGCAAGGGCAUUAUGGUAGGUCUCAUGCAUGGACAUUAUGGUAGGUCUCAUGCAUGGACAUUAUGGUAGGUCUCGCGCAAGGGCAUUAUGGUAGGUCUCACACAUAGGCAGUAUGGUAGGUCUCAUGCAUGGGCAUUAUGGUAGGUCUCACGCAUGGGCAUUCAUAACACCGCGGAGAUUAUCCGAAGUCACUAGGUUUGGAGAACUAUUUUUUCAUAUAGCCCAACACAAUCACGAAAAUAUUGCGUUAAAGCAGUUAGCAUAUACAAUGUCAUAUAUGUUUUAUCGUAUACACGUAUGGUAACUUGUUGUACCAUAUAUUAUUAUGUAAAGCUAUUAUCUAUUUCCCGCUAUUUAAAAUUUUAUUCAACCUGGAUUGUUCGACAGGAAUCAGAACUGUUUGUAUGCAACAUAUCCAUGCGCCACAUUGUGUUGACGAGAAGAGUGCGCUUUUUUUAACGACUGUGGCAUUUCGGAUAACCUUCAUUCCGUAUAAUCAAAUGGAAGUGGCUAUUCGCACCCGGGUACCAGAAGUGAGAGGUUGGGAUUGAAAAAGUAUUUAAAAUAGUAUUUUUUGGGUUUGUAAGAAAAAAAUGAGAUAUCAAAUGACAGAUAAUUGAAUGGAAUAUAAUGUUAGUAAACUUAAUUCUUCAGUUUAACUAAAAUAAACUACACCAAAUGACGUCAGAAUAGCAUUUAAUCAAAAUGGACCUGGACACGCAUCGUCACCAUUUGUACCCGGGUCCCAUUAGUCAUUGUUAUUCUGCAUUCUGUAAAGGGAAAGUGACAAGGCCGAGCCUUGUUGAUUAAGUAACUAUCUGAAUAUUUCCCUCCCGUUUAAUCAGGGUUCUUGGCUCUGAUGUUGAUUAGCGACAACGCUUGUAAAUGUUGUGCUAAGGGCCACAAAAGUACCAUCAAGCGGCCCUUACGAAAGUUUGAGUUUAGCACUCCUGGGUUAAUUACUCCUUCCGGGAGUAUUGUCCAAAUGACGUAUUAAAUAAGUUACUUUUUGGCCUGCCUGCCUCAUUUUUUUAAAAUUCAUUUUGGCUUUCACUAUUUCGAUGAGGAAGGCAUUAUGCCAAUACGUGCGUUGGUUUAUUAUUUUUCUAAAGUAAGAAAAUCUAUUUCUUUCAUUUUUUCCGAAUACAUGUAUUUCUGAUUCCCAUUAACUAAACAAGUCUUUGGUAUCAUUCUCAAUAUUUUCUUAAUAUGUAAAACAAACCGGAAGAGUAGCUGGUGUCCAGCUGCCCAUAUCUUGUAGAACAUUAGCUGUCCAUAUCUUGUAGAACAUUAGCUGUCCAUAUCUUGUAGAACAUUAGCUGUCCAUAUCUUGUAGAACAUUAGCUGUCCAUAUCUUGUAGAACAUUAGCUGUCCAUAUCUUGUAGAACAUUAGCUGUCCAUAUCUUGUAGAACAUUAGCUGUCCAUUUCUUGUAGAACAUUAGCUGUCCAUAUCUUGUAGAACAUUAGCUGUCCAUAUCUUGUAGAACAUUAGCUGUCCAUAUCUUGUAGAACAUUAGCUGCCCAUACAUGUCGACGAUUAGCUGUCCAUAUGUUGUAGACCAUUAGCUGUUCGUAUCUUGUAGCCCAUUAGAUGUCCAAUAUACUGUAGACCAUUAGCUGUCCAUAUCUUAUAGAACAUUAGCUGCCCAUAUCUGUAGACGAUAAGUUGUCCAUAUUUUGUAGAACAUUAGCUGUCCAUAUCUUGUAGAACAUCAGCUGUGCAUAUCUUGUAGACAAACAGCUCCAUUUUUUAAUGCUACUCUACAUUGCAAUAUAUGCAAACACAUCAUUUUCUCUCACUGAAGAUUCCACUCUGUCCGCCGAGACCACGUGCCCCGCCGAACUUCUGGGAAACUACAUGAGUGACAACAAUGGCCAAUGCAAUGUGACAGUUGACGUCUGCACGGACAGGAAGCGGAUCGCCGUGGAUAACAUGGGGUGUGACGAUGACAACGACACCAGCGAUAACAUGUUUUUCACAGGUAGCUCCUUCAAUGGCUUAUUGUACACUAGUAUAUUAAGCUGGUCUUAAAUGAAAGUGUUUUGUAUUGCCUAUGGGUGCUGGGUGGCCGGUUGGUCUAAACUGAGGAAAUCUUAAGUCAAAAAAUCACAAGCACCCCGGGUGGAUAGGAAUCGUUAACCUUGGAUGACAACUCAUCUAAGAUAAGGCAACUCUGAAUUCAAUCUCCGUAGGCGGAUAACGUUAGAACAAUGAGACAUUCCGGCCACUCCUGAGACGCCACUUGUGCCAAGCUGCAUCAUCCAAACGAUUUUCCCUUGGGUUAUCCAGCGGCGUGCAGCGAUGCGAUUUGCAGUUGGGAACCACCAUAUAAGUCUAGAAGAACAAUCCCUUGUGGAUUUCUUUCGAAUUGAAUUAACCCAGUGCUACAAUAAAAAGCGCCAAAGAGUCAGAGCCGUAGGUAGGAUUAACCCUCAAAAGACGAAAUGGGUGAUGAAAAUAUAACGUAUAUGUAUAUAUGAAGAAGUAUAGUUUUAGUUAUAUGUACAUGAAAAUGUUAAAGGUUGGUCGGAGAUACUAGUUUUAGAGGACUGUAAUCCCAUCCCAUCUGAUCCAAAUCACAUUCUAAAGUCGUCCCCAUCAUAUCCAUCAUCUCAUUCCUAUCUCAAUCUCAUCACAUCGUCAUCAAAUCCUUAUCCCCAUCACAUUUCCAUAACAUCCUCAUACUUCGAGCCAUUUGUUAAGAGGUGAAAACACUGAAAAUAUGUUUCGUGUUAGCGUGUUCCUCUAUCAUGCUAGAGUCAUUAGUAAAGUUUAGUUCGAUGUGCAACAUGCAAUGGGGAAUUCAGAAAAUUAUACAAAAUGGUCUGAUGUAGACGAGACGCGAAAGAUGUUUGCAAUGAAGAAGUAAAGAUUUUUUCUUAAAAGAUAAUUUCAAGACUUGGUUAUUCUUUUAAAAAAAGUCGAGAAUCUUUGCUAUAAACGAUAGAGGAAAAUCAUUCGACCCAGCCAUAGAUAAUGAGGGAUGAAGAGUGUGUACGAACCAAGAUAUAUAUCAAUUAUUCGAAGACCCAAUCAGAGUCGCAGUAAUUAAGUGGCGUGCUGAGAUGCAUAGGACACCUUGAGACGAUGUCGGGUUUUAGAGAAGCGAAAGUGAACUACAGAAAGAAACCUUGGGGCAUACGGCUCAUAGGAUGACCAAGACUGAGAUGGAUCUACUAUGCAGAGAUGGAAUUACAUGAGCUGUGAGUCCACGCAUGGAGACGUGAAACUAUGGAUCAGUGCGAGUGGGAGGAUGUGGUAAGCAGGCCAGAGCCCCACGUUGGCUGUAGUGCCACUGAUGAUAAUGGUAUCUUAAAAAGAAAUGGUAUGAACCUACACUAUCACUACCCCCCUCCCACACGCAAACAAAUUUUACAAAGGUUUGCCACUAACGUAAUCGUUUUUUAAAGUCACAUUGUCACUUUAUGAAGACAUAUUGUCAUUUUAUGAAGACACAUUGUAGCUUUAUGAAGACAUAUUGUCAUUUUAUGAAGACACAUUGUCACUUUAUGAAGACAUAUUGUCAUUUUAUGAAGACACAUUUUCAAUUUAUGAAGACACACAAUUGAUAAAAUUGUUAUACACAUAAACUUGUUGAACGUUGGUUCACAGGAAACGGAACCCUGUCGUGUGUUUACAGCCUGCAGGAAAGGGCAACAACUUACGUCACUUUGUACAGCAUAGAGGAUCGACAUAACGACAGUCUGACUAUAACUUUCACUUGCAUUGUACGUUUUUCUUAUGAACUUUUUUGUAUACUUUAAAUGUUAACACUUUUAAUUGAUAUUUAAACAUUCUUAUGUAGUUUUUUUUAUUAGGUUUUUAUGUCUAUAUCUCUUUUAAAUAGUUGUUGUUUAUAUAGUUUUAUAUAAUUUUGUAAAAACUUGUUUAUAUAGUGUUAACAUAAUUUUUAUACAGUUGUUUAUAUGGUUACUAAUUUUUUUUUUAAAGUCGUUUUAUUCGUUUUAGAAUAAUGAUAAGAGCCUCCAGAGGGGUAAAAGAAUCAGAGUUAGGUAAACUUAAACCUCUUACUAUUAAGAUAUUGUCUUCAGAAUUUUUAAAAGAGAUUUUCCCAAUAGUUAUCAGAAUAUAAACAAUGUAUAACCUAAUACUUGGAUGUUUAUGUCAUUUACCGACACUCGAGUGCUUUUAAAUAGAUUAUAAACAUCUCUUUACAAAAUCUUUCUCACAUUUCUGUCAAUUUCUCAGUCCAUCACACUGAACGACAGCACAGUUCUGAUCCGUCAGGCACCGAAUGAAUGCUACAAGCUGGACGAAACCGUCAGGGAAUACCAGCUGGAGCCCAACUGUAAGUGUAAACAAUAAUGCUAAACUAUAUCAUUAGAACUCUGAGGCCACCUGUUAGUGUAGCAAGUCAAGCUAAAUUAAAUAGAACUUCCGUCAUUUGUAUUCUUGUGGAGUGUUCUAUUUAAUUCAAGGUUUGGCCAACAUUUUAAGGCGGCGGGCCAAAUUUCAGAAAUAAUAUUUCCUCCCGGGCCAUGCAACUAAGAAAGAGGUAUUUAAAAAAAAAAAACUUUGAAGAAAAAAAAUAUAUUAUUGAGAAUUAAACAUAUUUAAUAGACAAUUUUAAAACAUUUAAAAGUGAGACAUCUGGCUUAGUUUUGCAGAACUAAGUUGCAUCCAAAUUGAUCUUGACUGAUGUUGCCGCUGCACGCAAACAGUUUUCCAAAUGAACAUCAGUAAUUCGUGUUCUCACUUAUGAUUUGCUGUGCUUCAUCGACUUUAAUCCCGCUCCCAUGCAUAAAUGUUUAAAAAUAACGAAACCAUCGACAGAGCAUGUUUGUAAAACGCAGGGUAAUUAUCCUUGUCCAAAUACCUUUUAUAGAACUCUUUUAAACCAACUUGGUGGAAUUUCUUCUUUAACUAUGCACACACAAAAUUUUACAGUGUUCCAUCUGUAAUCUUCCUGACAAUAAAUUCACACCUACCGAAAAUUUUAUUGCAAAUGCACAAAAAAUUAAAUUAUAUUUUUAUAAAUUCUGAAAUGUGUUUUUAAAUUUGACGCUUAAGUCAGGUAGCAAAGAAGCGUAUUGAUCCGCCGCCUCCUGUGUGACGUCUAGCAGCGUCCAGUGUGACGUCUAGCAGCGUCCAGUGUGGCGUCUAGCAGCGUCCAGUGUGACGUCUAGCAGCGUCCAGUGUGACGUCUAGCAGCGUCCAGUGUGACGUGUAGCAGCGUCCAGUGUGACGUCUAACAGCGUCCAGUGUGACGUCUGGUUGCAAUGAAAAUUUAGGAAAGGGAACAAAGUUUUUUUUUCCUAAACUGUUGUUCGAAAAUACCAAACUUCAUUUCAAAUGUAGAAAUAUGAUCAUAUAUAUCUUAUUAAUUAAUUGAUCUUUCCCUUGUAGACGAUUAUUGACGUCAUUUAGGUGGCUAGUUAUAUCAACAAUAAAAGCAAAGUCCCAAACUCACUCUUUGUCUUCAUACUCUUGGAGACUUGCUUGCAAAGAAUGAAUGUAUUUCUUGUUGCAACUCUAACAUUUUUUUUCAACAGUUAAAAUGUAACGUCAUUAUAAUCUAAGUCCAAAGACUUUAGAAAUUCUUGGAACUGACGGUCAUUCAACCCGUUCGACUUGAUGAACAUCAUUAUUUUGACGACCACUUUCAUGACCCGCUCCAUUUUGAAGGACUCCGAACAUAAGCUCUCCUGUCCGACAAGUUGUUAAGUUGUAACGAAAAGCGAUGCAAUGUCAACGUAUCUGCCUCUAACAAAUCUCGUGACCUUGUUGUUUCCUUAAGUGGAUACAGUGCCACAAAAUCUUCAGUCUUUUUUUUAAUAUGAACAUAAAUACACCUCAUAAAAAUUGCCAGUUGAGCAGUAUCUGCCAUAUCUGUGCUUUCAUCCAGUGUUAGAGUUGGUCAGUAUCUGCCAUAACUGUGUUUUCAUCCAGUGUUAGAGUUGGUCAGUACCUGCCAUAUCUGUGCUUUCAUCCAGUGUUAGAGUUGGUCAGUACCUGCCAUAUCUGUGCUUUCAUCCAGUGUUAGAGUUGGUCAGUACCUGCCAUAUCUGUGCUUUCAUCCAAUGUUAGAGCGUAAUUAUAACCUCGGAUUCUCGACGUUUCAAAUUAUCUUCAAUAUGUUUUCCAAUGUUCGUCCACAGGCCUAAUAUUAGUCCGACAAGACAGUCAUAUUUUGGUGAAAUCUUUCUUCUUUUCUCGACAUAGAAUUUCAACGACGCUCUACAAACAUUCCUUAACCAUUUCACCAUCUGAAUAUGUAUUCGAUUUUUUGCUAUUAUCAUGGCUACUGCAUAGCUAGCUUUUACAUAGCAUGUUGACUCUGAAACCAAUUUAGUGAAUAUUUUUUAUUGUGCAGAUUUUUUUAAAAAGUAAUUUAUUUGGUCUUGUCGAAAUUGCCCUUUGUCCUUAAAAAAAUUAUUUGCAUGUUUAGUCUCAUAGUGCAGUUUAAUUUAUACUCUUUCAAAACAGAAAGAGAUUCUUACAUAUCAAACCUUUUUAUAAAUAUGAUCAAUAUAUAUUUCAACGUCAAUCGCAAAAUCUCUACAGACGCGUUGCCGAUAAACAAACUACAAGAAAAUACGGAAAAUAGUCGAGCUGGACUAACACACAUAUUCUGAGGGUCUGAGAUUACUCACCUAUGACCCCGGCUAGUAAAUUGGCUAUCAACUCUAUCUGUUGAGCUGAGCCAUACAUUUUCAUCACAAAGGUCCUCCGACCGCCCUAGCUUCCCCCGGGAGAUCUAGUGAGGGACAUUCAGUCAACAAGUGCUCUAAAGUCUUCGGGGCCAGGCUGCAGUGCCGGCAGGUAGCAUCCCUGUUGUUGUCCAGCCGCCAGAAAUAUGUCCGCAAGGGGCAGUGCUCGGUGCGCAUCUGCGUCACUAAGCUCUGCUGUCUGCGUCCUAACCCCCACCAUGGGUCGUGUUUGAUAGGAGUUGGCAAGUUUGAAUAGAAGCCUCUGGCGGUCGUGUUGUCUGCCCAUUGCCUGUACCACUUCUGCCUGAAGUUGUCCGCCAGCCAGUUUUUAAUACUCAAAUAAGUCAUUGGUACUUCUGGCUGAGGCUGGGCAGCCCCGGUUUUCGCCAGAGUGUCCGUUCUCUCAUUGUCACUGAUGUUGACGGAGCCAGGUAUCCACUGUAUUGAUACCUUGCCCCUAUUUGCACACAUCAUUGGUGAUGACGUCGACCAAGUGUGUGGUACCUUCUCUCUUCCCCAAGAUCCCUAGAGCCGAUCUUGAGUCUGAGUAAACAACUACAUCAAGCCCCGCAUGUUCCGUCCCUUUCAAUGUGUCAUGAAUUCUCUCCAAGGCCCUGUGUAUAGACACGAGCUCCGCAUCGAAAUUCGAUGCUGCAGUCCCACAGGGCCCCGAGAACUCCUCAAGUUGGUGGUCCUUCCGCUGGAUACAGUAUGAGCGUGCCGUACCCAGCAGUUCUUCUCUCAAGUUGGCAGAGCGGUCCGUGAACACUUUCACUGGUAUGUGUGUGAACACAUCUAUGGUCUCAAGGGCAGCCACUUUUUGAAAAAGUUCAGGGCUACGUUUCGUCACUGCUGCAUCGAUCAAGGUCAAAUGUAUAGAGGUACGUGAGAGUUCCGCAUAUGGCAGAUUAACUGGUAUUAGGGUCAGACUUUCUGUAUUUUGGGGCAGGUCGACUGUCCUUUCCAGCUCCACGACCUGGUGCAUGAAAGAGACCGCUUUAGUCGCCUGCCGCCAAUCCAGUUAUUCUGCAUUUGGAAGGCCAGUUCAUUUUUGCCCAGCCACCGGUACCUCUCUACGGUACUUAAUAUUGAUUUUUCCCUGCUCAUUCGAAGCGUUUCUACAUUGGCUAAGACCUCUACAGCAGCUGUGGCUGUGAUCCUGAAGGCGCCACAGAUGUAUCUCAGAGCCUGAUUUUGGAUUCGGCCCAACUUUUCCAAUGCGGUCUUGCUUGCAAAGGAUUGGACCGGCUUGCUGUAAUCCAUCACCGACCUUACACUGCGUAGGAAUAGAGCUCUAAGCGUUCUUGCGCCCGCACCCCAACUUCUGCAAGCCAAUUUUUUCACCUGAUUGAGUUUAGCGGUUGCCUGGGAGCAGAGGUUUUGUACAAAAUUAUGCAUUUGCACCUUUUGAUCCAACUUGACUCCCAGGUAAACCGGUUGCUUGUCCCAUUUUAGCGCUACAUCGCCCACUUUGAGCUCGAUCUUCUGUUUGAGAAUGGUCCGCCCGUUGGUAAAGAGUGAAUAGACCGUUUUCUCGGUGUUGAUUUCCUGGUGCCACCGCCGCAUGUACCUGUUGAUAGCAGAGAGGUCUUGCUGUAAUAGCGUUUGCAGGCAGUGGACAUCCUUACCGGUACUCCAGUCGAGCUGGACUGAAACUAGUUAUGCACAUGAGCCCGUAGCGCUGCGAGCUUCACGAAGACCACAUAGCAUAUUUGUCGGAAGCUGAAGUUUCAUAUUAAAUUUUAACAUCAUCUAGAGUAGGAACAAAACUAAGUAACCUUGAAUGUCAAAUAGCGGAAUAUUUAAAAUAGCUCAAAAUCAAUGAAUUUUUCAAAAAAAUGCGAGGUAUUACUCAUUGGUCUUAGCUAUAAUUUAGAAAUAUAUGAUGCGGACGACUCGUGGUGUAAUGUUCUUUUGGUGAUGUGUACAAUAAAGUUAAAAUGUAUGUUUUUUAGACCUAGUUCAGCGGGCCGCAAUAUGACUCGCGGCAGGGCUCAUGCGGCCCGCGGGCCUCAUGUUGGCCACCGUGAUUUAAUCGCAUGGCACACUUAACUUCAUUAAUUUGGACGGAUCCCAUUUGAGAUUUAACAAUCAAUAGUAGGUUAAAUGUGUUAAAAUGAUUUCAUGUUUUUCUUUCUCAGAUCUGUGUCGUAAGUAUCUCUUAGAAGUUGUAAGUAUGAGGAACUUCGGAAUGUAAGAUGUAAGUAGGACGGACCAUAGAAUGGUAGAUGUAAGUAGGACGAACCAAAUGAAUGUAAGACGUAAGUAGGACAGACCAAUGAAUUCUUCUUCUUCUUCUUCUAUAUCUUAAGGGCCCACGAUCAAUUUAUUGAUCAUUUUGGCUCCUAUGCAUGUAGAUGGGAUUUGCAAUGUUUCUGUUCCUGGUCAACUACUCCUUUAAAGUGUCUAAAGCAGUGCCACUUUGUGAGGGAAUCAUGCACUGGGGGUUUGAAGGCUUGAGGCAAUAGACACAAAUGUGUCUAGUGUUGUCGCCUCAACCGUUCCUUUUGAAAGAUUGUUCCAGUCCCUGAUUAAGUUGUAAGUACGACGAACCCAUGAAUGUAAGAAUGUAUGUGGGACGAACCAUAGAACAUAAGAUAUUAGUACAGUGGUUCUCAGCCUUCCUAAUGCUGCGACCCUUUAACACAGUUCCUCAUCUUGUGGCGACCCCCGGGUUGAGAAACACUGUGUUAGUAGGACAAAGAAAUUUAUAGUUCACAAUCUGGUAUAAGGGACAUAUAGCCGGUUCAGAUGUAGAUACCUAGGAUUGUACACGAUCUGAUCAAUUAUAAUAAUAAAAACUUACUUUCGGAUACAUCAUUCAAAUAAUUAGUAUAUGUAAAUUAUGUGAAUUGUAGAUACAGAUUGAUAAACAAAACACAACAAUCAUGAUUAAAUAGCAGUCAGGUAUUAGUCAGGUAAAUGCUUUAAUAUGUCAUUUAGUAGAAGGUUAAUCCAUUAAGAAUAUUUGAAUAAGAUAAAUGUAACUGACACAAAUAUAAGGAACUGACACAACUAUCACCAACAAACGCUUUUCAAUAUGUUCUCUCUACAGCCAUUGGUUGUGACUUCUCUGAGAAUCUGCUCGGCUCGUGGACGAGUAACAGGAAAGGGGACCUGGUCAUAUCCCAGAGUUCCAUAGCGGGAUUCCCGCCUUUCGGCCCGGACUGUUUGACAGCCGAGUGUACCACACAGCCGACAGCCUACGAGUGCUACCUAGCCAAAGGUUCUCGAUACUUAGUAAGGUAAAUGAUCCAAAUGUCUAUACUGUACUCUUACGACAGUGGGCCGUAAACUCUUCGAGUGAGACUAUUCCUUGGUCAAAUGGUGAGACGUAUUCACUAAAGUACAUACUUUGGUAGAAUAAUUUGGUAGAAACAAACCAAUAAACAUUGCAUUGGAACUAAGUGGAUUCAAUUGGUCUUAUGUAGGAUAAAUACGUGGUAAGCAGUUGGCAAAGGGCGUAACCUAAUAAUAACAUAAUUAACAGAGUUGGGUGGGGGGUGGGGGUUGUCGAAUCUUGACGAGGUGCGUUCGUGUAUAUUCCCCAUAGAUCAUGGUAUCUUUAAAAUUGUGAAGGAAUCUUAUAAUAGUCUCUGUAAUAUCGUUAUGGCAUCUUAUCAUGGUAUCAUAACAUUGUGAUGGCGUCAUGAUAUCAUAACAUUGUGAUGGCAUCUUAUCAUGGUAUCAUAUAAUUGUGAUGGCGUCUUUUCAUGAUAUCAUAAAAUUGUGAUGGCGUCUUAUCAUGAUAUUAUAACAUUGUGAUGGCAUCUUGUCAUGGUAUCAUAACAUUGUGAUAGCGUCUUAUCAUAAUAUCAUAACAUUGUGAUGGAAUCUUAGCAUGAUAUCAUAACAUUGUUAUAGUGUCUUAUCAUGGUAUCAUAACAUUGUGAUAGCGUCUUAUCAUGAUAUCAUAACAUUGUGAUGCCAUAUUAUCAUGGUAUCAUAACAUUGUGAUUGCAUCUUAUCCUUAUACCUAUAACAUCGUGAUUGCAUCUUAUCAUGAUAUCAUAACAUUGUGAUGGCAUCUUAUCAUGAUAUCAUAACAUUAUGAUGGCAUCUUAUCAUGCUAUCAUAACAUUGUGAUGGCGUCUUAUCAUGCUAUCAUAACGUUGUGAUGGCGUCUUAUCAUGGUAUCAUAACAUUGUGAUGGCAUCUUAUCAUGAUAUCAUAACAUUAUGAUGGCAUCUUAUCAUGCUAUCAUAACAUUGUGAUGGCGUCUUAUCAUGGUAUCAUAAUGUUGUGAUGGCGUCUUAUCAUGUCUCUAUAACAUUGUGAUUUCAUCUUUGUCAACUUUAGGUCAGCGAGGACAACUCUGUUGGAUAAAUCUGUUAGAAUCUACCUGUGUUUAGAUUUUACUUCAGUGACGAAAACCAAGAUAGUCUACUACCAAGCUCAUGCAGGUAAGAAUCUAUUGCUAGCAGGUAAAAGUCUUUUGUGAAGGUUAGAGUGUAUUGUUGGCAGGUAAUAGUCUAUUGUUAGCAGGUUAGAGUCUAUUGCUGUUAUGUAAGAGUCUAUUGUUGGCAGGUAUGAGUCUAUUGUUGGCAGUUAAGCGUCUAUUGUAGGCAUGUACGAGUUUAUUGUUUGCAAGUCGGAUUCUAUUGUUGGAUACAUCUUUUAAUGUUCCUAAUUUAUUUUAGUGACAUUACCAACUAUAAAAAUGUUUUUUGCGGCUUUCUUAAAUAUAUCUAUGAUCAACGAUUUCGAUAUAAAAUGUAAUGGAUUAAAUGAUAUAUCUUAACAGAACAAAAAACAAUUAAUAUAGUCAUCAAGCAAAGCAAUUAUAAUACAGUUACCGUAUAAACUCAAGUAAUAACACAUUUUCCGUUUUUAUUCUAGUAAUAACGCUGUUACCGUAUAUACUCGAGUAAUAACAAAGUUUCCGUAUAUACUCGAGUAUUAGAGAGGGGUAUCGAGCCGAACGCUGUUGUAGCCGACUCUUUUUCACCCCAUGUAAACAACUUGUAUCGUUCAAUAACGAACAAAAUUAGAUUUGUGUAUAAAUCGAAUAUUAUUCUUCUUCUUAUUUUUAUUGGAGUGGUUUUAUAUAGCGUGGUACCCAGCCCAGGAAUGGACUCACCACGAUGUACUUACAAUUUAACAAACGUAAUCACGUACUUUAAAAAAAUUACAUACAUUAAUUAAAUAAAACAAAAUAAAACAUUGUGGCAGUGAUGUUUUUUCAGCGAGCCGUCUAGGUAGAGAAGAUAGAUUCUCCAUUUCGUAUAGUCCUUUCAGAAAUCAUAUUAUAACAUUCAAAUCACACCCAGUACAAAUGUAAAUCUCUACAUUCUUCCACUACAUUUUAGCCUUCAUUGAAGCAUAGUUUGAUGAGACCCGGUGUAAUGUGAUAGUUGUACACAAGGUAUUUUUACUUUCAUGCUGCAGUUCGAUUUUUUUUUCUAUUUUAAAAACGUUUCUUUAUAAAUAUUGUAAUGUAUCUUUUAUUUUAUUGUUAGACUAAAACCAAACGAUUUUCAAAAUUGCCAAAAUUACAAAAAAACAAAAAACAACAACAAACAAACAAACCCAAAAAGGCCCCCAAAACUUCAGUGGUUGCCAAACCGAACAGAGCGAACCCGAGCUGUAAUAGUUACCGACUCGAACCCGAACCUACGCUAUUACCAAACCGACCUGAACCCCAAACUUCAGUUGUAAGCGACUUUCGUAUCCCGCAUACACGGGAGGUAGAAAUAGUUCUUUCGGUUUUGAUGAACUUGUUUUUAUUUCAUUAAACAAUUUGUGGUAUGCGAUGAUAGUGUUCUUUAACUGUUGGCUUACUGUUGGCUUACUGUUGGCUUACUUUUUGUUUACUGUUGACUUACUGUUGGCUUACUUUUUGUUUACUGUUGGCUAACUGUUGGCUUACUUUUGCUAACGGUUGACGUACUGUUGACUUACUGUUGGCUUACUUUUAGUUUACUGUUGACUUACUGUUGGCUACCUGUUGGCUAACUGUUAGCUAACUAUAAUUUGGAUAUCUCCACCCCCCCACUCCCCUCUCCCCCAGCCAAAGACCCAGUUUUACUUGACUAUCUGACAACGCGCAAUGCUGCCCUGUCCGUGGAGUCUAUCGACGACAUCUGUACGGUGGACAGCCCUUACGAUGCAGCUUUGUACAGCAUCCUGCUCAACACAGGUGAGGAGGAUUUACUAAAGGGAUUCCAUCAUGUGUAGCUUUCCUAUCUAACUGUGAAACAUUAAAAAUAUCGUAAGGGCUCUGUACAGUAUUGAGUUGCGAAAUGAUUGGCUUGGCUGCGUUUCAAUCUUUCCAUUUAACACACCACAGCUGACCCGACUGCCGGUAUCCAGGACUGUCCGAGUGAGUUUGAGGCUAUCUACAACACCACCGACACGAGCUGUGACUACACACUGACCACGUGUGAGCACAAGACAAGGAUCAAACUGUCGGCCACGUCCUGCCAAAGGAGACCAUUCUACUCAGGUAAAACAAAAUCGAUCAUAAUUCGAGGGCAGUGCUACCUUUGGUGUGGAUCCUAUCCUGGGCAGUGCUACCUUUGGUGUGGAUCCUAUCCUGGGCAGUGCUACCUUUGGUGUGGAUCCUAUCCUGGGCAGUGCUACCUUUGGUCUGGAUCCUAUCCUGGACAGUGCUACCUUUGGUCUGGAUCCUAUCCUGGACAGUGCUACCUUUGGUGUGGAUCCUAUCCUGGGCAGUGCUACCUUUGGUGUGGAUCCUAUCCUGGGCAGUGCUACCUUUGGUCUGGAUCCUAUCCUGGGCAGUGCUACCUUUGGUCUGGAUCCUAUCCUGGACAGUGCUACCUUUGGUGUGGAUCCUAUCGUGAAGUCUUUUUAUUCAGCACAGACAAAUCUGUAAAAAUUAUUUCAUAUACCUAUAUUACAUUAUUAAAAAAAUCGAGCAGCGUACAUUUCCAACACUAAGCAAUCAACUAAAAUUCCGCGGUAAGGACUCAGAGAAGCUCAAACCAGUGAAACCACAAAUGUACUGAUUCGUUCAAAAAAAAUCAAAACUAAAUAAACUGUCUUUUAGAAGGGCUCAACAUUAUUUUCAAACAUUAAAAAAAAAAUGAAAAAUAAAAAUAAAAUAAUGAAAUCAACUUCUUUUCUCGCUUAAACAAUGAAAAAUAUCAUUCAUGACUAAGACUGUGUUUAUGAAUCUUGAAUCCGAUUUAAAAUGUUUAAGACUUUUUGAAUUAUUAUGUGGUAAUAGAAGUUGUAUAAACAACCCCACAGUUCAAGGUGACGUGAGCUGCAUCUACACCACUAAUGUUGGAAGCACUACCUACCUCACGCUCAUCAACAAUGACGUCAACGUGGACGGCAAUGAUACGUAUAAAUUUACUUGUAUUGUAAGUAGAUAGUUAAUCACGGUGUACAACCUUUGUGUACAAUCUUUGUGUUGAACCGAAAUGUUCAUCAUUGACCAAAUAUUAGAUGUAUCCUCCUCGUGAAUUGUUCAAUUUGAAUUCCCCAUUUAUUCUUCCUUUCUGACACAAACAAAGUCUUAAUACGCAAUGAUCGACUAAAUGUGGUUCACUGAAGUUAAUUUUUUUUUAAAAGUCAAUUACUUACAAAUUGAGGCUGAAGAGUUGUUAGCGGUCACAUAAUUGUAACACAUGCUAUUCUAUAGUCGAUGUAACAUGGUUAACUAAUACUCUGUUUGAUUGUCAUGGAUGCUGCUAUCACUUGAGUAAUGUAAUUAAUUCUCUCAAUCCUAAACUCAAACUUCACUGUCCUCUCACACAAUGAGGUGUCAACGUCCAUGAAUAAAUUUUACAGUACUUUAUUAUAUGAAUUACUACAACAAAAAUAAGACUUGCUAUGAGGAUAUCCUGCAAUAAUUCUAGGAUGCAAUAAUCACACACUUAUAUAAUAUUCCACAUCACAAUUGAAUCACAAUACUUCAAUACUUUAAUAAUCCAUGCAAGAGAGAAAUAAAAAGAUGUCUGCUCCCUGUUAGAUAAAAUGGUACACUUCUCGGUCUACUCAAGCGUGCGAUCUACCUCUCCCUGUCAGAUCAAAUGGUAGACUCAUCGCUCUAAUAAAGCGUGCGGUCUACCUCCGCUCUAGAAAAAAUACGGUUCCCUCUUUCUCGUGAUUAACAAGAGACUACAACGUUAUAAUCCAAUUACUACUCCAUCCUGACAGAAUAGUGUCGUGUGUAAAAUUACACCCAACUUGGUCUGUUACCAUAAUUUUUCGGGAAUCGCUAGUGAGUCGAAACAUUAAACUUUAUAUAUAGAACAAAUACAUUUUAUUUCACACUAGCCACAACUAAUUUCUGAGUGAAAUUUUAGAAAUGCAAAGAUUUCAAGGAAUAUAGUUGAAUGUUUGAACACUGCUGGGAGAAGGCCCCGCUGUCAUUUGACAGAUAUGAUAAUUCAUCCUUGACCGGCUUAAACUUUUAAUAGGAUUUUUCAUGUCUUAGACCGUAAAACAUCACAGCAUUACUAUUUUUAGAACGUCGGACAAAUAUUUCUUAGAACAUGGAAACUAAUAGUGUGUCUCUGCAAAUCGUUCGGACCACCCUUGUAAUCUAGGGCCGCUGUUACAUGUGGCGUACGCGCAAUGAAGUCCCAUUCCACAAAAUAGAAGUAAAAUAUAUAUUUUUUUAAAAAUAUUCGUAAUAUAUAGUUGUAAACAAGUUUUGCUUGAGGUUAAGGGCCUCUUCGCUAACAUAGCAGUACUGAACAGUGUUGGCAUUUUGUCAGGCCCGAGUACCCGGAUGAUUACAGCAGUUCUAUAAAUAGAUUUCAGCGAUUAAAUUGCAAGCACUAUAAACAGGAAUAUAAUCUUCCCCACAGCAGCAAUUUUAAACCAACACCAUCCAGGUGCUGAGUCAAAUCAUGUUUUUUUUUUAAAAUUUAAAUAUAACAAAAAUAUUCCCGUGUUUCAGGCCUUCACUGGGUCAGACAAAUUACUCACCUUCACCCAGUCUCCCCGAGGUUGUUACGAGGGCCAAGCUCCUGAUGAUGCCAACACAACCACGUUUGUUUACACGCAUUUAGGUAUGUCAAAAAAAAAUUAAUAUUGAAAAAUCGUUGUUUACCGACAACUUAACUUUUGUGCUUAAUUACGCGUGACGAGCACGUUACAAUGAUACCGGUUAUUUCCCUUUGACUGUUCCCGCUGUGAAUCCCAUGACAGCUGCUCUUAACGUCAUAUCAACAAACUCUACUAAUCGAUAUCCUGAUAAUCGAAUUACAUGUCAUACGCUUUAAUUGCAUUUUCUAUCUAAAGCACUUUCAAUAAUGAUUUAAAAGUAGUUUCUCACAUAUCUUUCUGUGAUGUUUCUCAUUGCUUACACAACUAUUUGAUUGAAUAUAUCUGUCUGAUAUAACUAACGAUUUUUUUUUUAAUUUUGAUCCCACUCCAGAUUCAUGUCGUAAGUAUUCAUUGUUUUAUACAUUUAUGUUUUUAAAAUUUUAUGUUUUAUAAUUAUUAUUGAUAAUUACCACCAAGGAUUUUGAACAAUCUAUUAAAAAUGCAGUUACAUUGAGCUAGCUAUUGCAAGCAAUAUGCAACCUGUACCACAAGAAAAAAUUGUAUUAUUAUCAUUGAUACUCUUUUAGUGGUUAUUUUACCCCAUCAGAGUAUAAACAUUGUUUUGCAUUCCAUAGAGGCCGAUUGCAUUCUAAAACAUCAUGGGUUUUUACACGGGUCCAUAACAUCUGACACAAUGCUAGAAAAUCAUCAGCUUGUUUGAAUAUCUACUGUACGUCAUUCAAACAUAUAAUAUUUACUACGUCAAACAGACACAAUAUUUACUGCGUCAUACAGACAUAAUAUUUACUAGGUCAUACAGACAGAAUAUUUACUGCGUCAUGGAAACAUAUAAUAUUUACUAUUAUUCCCAUGUUUGUAAUUUUUAUACAUACCAUCACGUGACAGCCGUCCCAGAGGAGUUCAACUGGAUCAUCGUUGUCGCUGUUAUUGCCGGAGUUAUCGCUCUUAUUAUUAUCUCCCUUCUCAUUUGGUACUUCUGCUGUAGACGAAGAUGUCGUGUGUGCCGGAAACAUGAAUCAAAGAGCCGGGACAAAGUCAGGAUUGUGGGACGUGAUGACGGGAACAAUGGUGAAAGUGGAUACGGAAAUAGCGGAGGGAGUGGAUCCGGAAGUGGAAAUUUAAAAGAUGGACGAGGUCAGUCUGGGGAAAGAGGCAAGAAAAAUUCACCGUUAAAAAUCUUAUUGGAUAAUUUUACCCUGGAUGAGGAAGUGGAUAAGUCAAGGUUGAAAGACAAAAUGAAAGAGGAAGAAGGGCAGACUGAAAGGAGUGAAGAGAACGGAGAGGAGAAUCAGGUUAAAGAAGAGGGAAGCGUGGAGAUGGACGGAGACAACGACAAGGAGAAGGAAGGAAUUAAUGAAAAUGAAAGUGGGAGUCAUUUAGAGGGCAAGAUCCGGCCGGUAAGUCAAUAUGAAGGUGGAGGGGCGUGGUGGGGGGUGAGGAGUAGACACUUAAGCAUUGGUCUAUUGAUCGAAAAGUUUUGGGUGGGACGUUCUUGCACUGAGAAUUGUAGUAUGAUGAUACCUGAAGCAAACUGUGAACGGUUUGUAGGAUAGAAUAUAUUAAACAUAAACACUUGUUUAAAAAAAAAAUUGUUUUAGGAACUUCAAUGUUUCCCUAACGCAUCCAAAGCCAGCAAAAAAAGUGCGUGCCUCGUUAUGUAUUAACUGGAAAUGAUCUGUGGAAAACCAUGGAGGCUCAGAACCACAGAGCACCCCCACCCCCGCCCAAAAAGCUCCCCUACUUUCGCUCGGGAACCUUCGGCGCUCUCGCUUUCUUCUUCCUUUACCCCCCUCCCCACCCCCGAAUAUGCGCUCCCCACCGGCCGAACAGGAAUGUCAAACGAAUCACUUUUCGAAUGUUUGAAACGCUCUGUAAACCAAAGUUACUGUUAACAUGCGAUAAUUCAACAAAAAAAACAAACUUACUAACUUUUGUCAAAUUCCUCAAACCACCCUUUUUACUUGAUCAUUGGGGACGUUCUGGAAAGCACAAUUUCUAUUUACAUUUUAAAAAAAGAAAAAUACAUCGAAUAUUUUUCGCUUCUCUAACUAUACAGUAAAAAAUGAACAACUUGAAACACUUUGUUAGUAGAAAUUAUGCUUCUUUCAAAAUAGCUUUAAAAAAUAUUGCAAAUUGCAAAUGUUACAAUUUGUUUCAUCGUAUCACGUCCUAGAAAUGUUUGGUAUGACGACAUUGAAAUGUUUGGUGAUGACAUAGAAAUGUUUGGUAUGACGACAUAGAAAUGUUUGGUAGGACGACAUAGAAAUAUUUUUUUGUAAAGGCUAGUUUACCGAUAGAGGUCAUGAUUUUUGUAAAACUAAUUUUAAAAGUAGCAUCAUGUUGACCGAUAAAGUAGAAGACUCACAUUAUUUCCCUGUCUGAUGUGUUCACUCAUCUGUUUGGAAGGUAAGAGAUGGAGAGGGAAAGGCAAGAAAGAAAAGAAGGAAGAGGAGAAAAAGAAAACGAAAGAUGAAAACAGUUUCAAAAACGUUGGAGGAUGGCACCGUAGUAAGUCUGGAACUUUGUAACUGUCGAGUCCAGGAUUUAAGUGUUACACAGAGUCAUAUUUCAAUGUUUCAGUGUUUUACAGACUCAGCUUUCAAAGUUUCAGUUUUUAAAGAUUCAGAUUUAGUGGUUCACAGACUCAGUGCAAAUCAUUGAUUGUGUUUUAAUAAUUGACGCGCAAAAUAAAAUGUUCUACAACUGCACUUUGCAUUGUGAAAAAAAUGUUUUUAUUUAGCUCACAUGACAAAAAAAAUUUGAAAAUAGGAUUUUUAAAAACUAUGGUAGUUGAUUUUUUUUUAUUUCACAGAAAGUGAAUUAAUUUUAAAUUUGAUAAAAUAAAUGAUUUUAUUAAAUGGGAAGCUCAGAUUUUCAUUCCGCAAUUUUUUGGGUGGGCUAUUUUAGGUUGUGAAAAACUUUAUUGAAUUUUUAAUGUGCAGGUUGAAGAAGAGUUAUCGACCGAUUGGACCGACUCCGAGAAGGCCAGCCAUGACGCUGUGAGCGAUAAUGAAACUACAGAUGUCAGCCAUUCUGAUGACGUCAGUUCCGCUGGUGACUCCUAUUCUGAAGACGAAGAAAGUGACGUGUCGCAAGACUCUGAGGUACAAUUCAUGGUUUGGUGAUGUUGGUUAGAGACAGAAUAAGGAGAAAGAUAUCCGAUUUCUCAAAUAGAAAGAAAUUGUUUGAUUCUCAGUUAGAAAGAAAUGGUUUAAAUCUCAAAUAGAAAGAAAUUGUUUGAUUCUCAAUUAAAAAGAAAUGGUUUAAAUCUCAAUUAGAAAGAAAUUGUUUGAUUCUCCAUUAGAAAUAAAUGGUUUAAAUCGCAAUUAGAAAGAAAUUGUUUGAUUCUCAAUUAGAAAGAAAUGGUUUAAAUCGCAAUUAGAAAGAAAUUGUUUGAUUCUCAAUUAGAAAGAAAUGAUUUGAUUCUCAAUUAGAAAAAAAUGAUUUGAUCCUCAAUUUGAAAGAUAUAAUUCGAUUCUCAAGUACAAAGACAUUUGCAAAAAGGAUCAAAACGUUUUUUUGUCCCUCAUACCCUUAAAAAACACAAGAGCUAAAAAAAACUCUUAACUAUACCGAAAACAAAGAAAUACACAAAAUUCAAAUGUUCUCAUGUUUAAAAUGCUCCGUUGUGUCUUCUAUCGACCAGAACACUAUCUGGAACAUACGCCUAUAUAGAAAAGCUCCAUUCAUAUCCUUUCUCUUGUCCUAUCUGGAACACACACCUAUAUAGAAAAGCUCCAUUCAUAUCCUUUAUCUUGUCCAACCUUGUCCCAAAUCGAUAAAAUAAUAUCGUUGGUAGAGCGUACGUCUUUUUUGUACAGCACAGGAGAGUCAUUUCUCAAUCUAUAAUGAUACAAACCCUCAAUAAUCAAUAAUCAAUAUAUCUACGUGAGGCCCCCAGCUUAGAACCAACGUUUGAUUUUUGUGUGUUUACAAACGUAUCUGUAAUCGGUUUUGAAACAGUAUGUCUAAACCUUAAGUCAUGGAUUUUUUUUUUAUUGCAAAGAUGGAAACAUAUUAUACAUUUUGAAAUGUUGAUAUUCCCAUACCAAUAUAUAAUACGCGCAGAAAGUAACAGUACUGCACCUCUCGUAUCUUAAAUGCAUGCGUGGGCUUGUCGCCGGUACAGAUCUGCAGUCGUCACGUGUUGACAGUAGUGUUAAUGGAAUAUGUUUGGCCGUUGUAGUUGGACAUGAGUCUCUCACCGUUGGAGAUCUUUUCACAGUUGACCACUAUUUUCGCUUGAUCUAGAGUUGUCGUGACAAAAGGCCGAGUUUGUACACCUAGACACAAGAAUGGCGAGAUAAGUUUGAUGAGAUGGCACCAACUAACUCAGUUGUGCCGUCUGUUGCUACAACGAAAUUUUACAUUUCUUGAAAGGUAAUUGGAGAGGGAAGUCUGUUUGACCAGAACUAUUUAAUACAGAGUAGCACACGUUCUCUCCAGUAGCUGCUGCAUUAGAUUUGUAAAGUCUAAGACGAUCAUUCUUGAAACUUAACAUUGCUGAAUACCGCGUUCAUCGGUUGUUGAAAGGCAUAGGAGCAAUUUCUUACCAGAUGCAGUUUGGACAACGAUUGACGGAGCCAGAUAUGUUGGCCAAAUAUGCGGGUCAGAUGUGCGGGUCAGAUGUGCGAGCCAGAUGUGCGGGCAAGAUGUGACGGCCAGAUAUGUAGGCCAAAUAUGAGGGCCAGAUGUGCGGGCCAGAUGUGCGGGCCAGAUGUGUGAGCCAGAUGUGCGGGCCAGAUAUGCGGGCCAGAUAUGCGGACCAGAUAUGCGGGCCAGAUGUGCGGGCCAGAUGUGCGGGCCAAAUAUGCGGGCCAGAAUGGAUGUGUCAAGCAUUUCUGUGUAGUGUGUAAGAGGAUUUUUAGGAAUCUGUUGUCUCCGACAGAAGUAAAAUUCACAAAGGCGUCUCCCCUUCCGUUGACAGAAUAUCUUUCAUUUAAUGGUCUAUCAGGCGUCUCCUUCCGUUGACAGAAUACCUUUCAUUUAAUGGUCUAUCAGGCGUCUCCUUCCGUUGACAGAAUAUCUUUCAUUUAAUGGUCUAUCAGGCGCCUCCUUCCGUUGACAGAAUAUCUUUCAUUUAAUGGUCUAUCAGGCGUCCCCUUCCGUUGACAGAAUAUCUUUCAUUUAAUGGUCUAUCAGGCGUCUCCUUCCGUUGACAGAAUAUCUUUCAUUUAAUGGUCUAUCAGGCGUCUCCUUCCGUUGACAGAAUAUCUUUCAUUUAAUGGUCUAUCAGGCGUCUCCUUCCGUUGACAGAAUAUCUUUCAUUUAAUGGUCUAUCAGGCGUCUCCUUCCGUUGACAGAAUAUCUUUCAUUUAAUGGUCUAUCAGGCGUCUCCUUCCGUUGACAGAAUAUUUUUCAUUUAAUGGUCUAUCAGGCGUCUCCUUCAGUUGACAGAAUAUCUUUCAUUUAAUGGUCUAUCAGGCGUCUCCUUCCGUUGACAGAGUAUCUUUCAUUUAAUGGUCUAUCAGGCGUCUCCCCUCCGUUGACAGAAUAUCUUUCAUUUAAUGGUCUAUCAGGCGUCUCCUUCCGUUGACAGAAUAUCUUUCAUUUAAUGGUCUAUCAGGCGUCCCCUUUCGUUGACAGAAUAUCUUUCAUUUAAUGGUCUAUCAGGCGUCUCCCCUUCCGUUGACAGAAUAUCUUUCAUUUAAUGGUCUAUCAGGCGUCUCCUUCCGUUGACAGAAUAUCUUUCAUUUAAUGGUCUAUCAGGCGUCUCCUUCCGUUGACAGAAUAUCUUUCAUUUAAUGGUCUAUCAGGCGUCUCCUUCCGUUGACAGAAUACCUUUCAUUUAAUGGUCUAUCAGGCGUCUCCUUCCGUUGACAGAAUAUCUUUCAUUUAAUGGUCUAUCAGGCGUCUCCUUCCGUUGACAGAAUAUCUUUCAUUUAAUGGUCUAUCAGGCGUCUCCUUCCGUUGACAGAAUAUCUUUCAUUUAAUGGUCUAUCAGGCGUCCCCUUUCGUUGACAGAGUAUCUUUCAUUUAAUGGUCUAUCAGGCGUCUCCUUCCGUUGACAGAAUAUCUUUCAUUUAAUGGUCUAUCAGGCAUCUCCUUCCGUUGACAGAAUAUCUUUCAUUUAAUGGUCUAUCAGGCGUCCCCUUUCGUUGACAGAGUAUCUUUCAUUUAAUGGUCUAUCAGGCGUCUCCUUCCGUUGACAGAAUAUCUUUCAUAUAAUGGUCUAUCAGGCGUCCCCUUUCGUUGACAGAGUAUCUUUCAUUUAAUGGUCUAUCAGGCGUCUCCUUCCCUUGACAGAAUAUCUUUCAUUUAAUGGUCUAUCAGGCGUCCCCUUUCGUUGACAGAGUAUCUUUCAUUUAAUGGUCUAUAAGGCGUCUCCUUCCGUUGACAGAAUAUCUUUCAUUUAAUGGUCUAUCAGGCGUCCCCUUUCGUUGACAGAGUAUCUUUCAUUUAAUGGUCUAUCAGGCGUCUCCUUCCGUUGACAGAAUAUCUUUCAUUUAAUGGUCUAUCAGGCGUCUCCUUCCGUUGACAGAAUAUCUUUCAUUUAAUGGUCUAUCAGGCGUCUCCUUCCGUUGACAGAAUAUCUUUCAUUUAAUGGUCUAUCAGGCGUCUCCUUCCCUUGACAGAAUAUCUUUCAUUUAAUGGUCUAUCAGGCGUCUCCUUCCGUUGACAGAAUAUCUUUCAUUUAAUGGUCUAUCAGGCGUCUCCUUCCGUUGACAGAAUAUCUUUCAUUUAAUGGUCUAUCAGGCAUCUCCUUCCGUUGACAGAAUAUCUUUCAUUUAAUGGUCUUUCAGGCGUCCCCUUUCGUUGACAGAGUAUCUUUUCAAAACGGCGAAAUUCGGAAACACUAUGCCACAGAAUUGUGUCACUCCGAGCCGUCGUUAUAAAACUCUCUCGGAAUUGUUCGGCCACCAUUUUCAAACGGCGUCCCUGUUCACGACCACUUUUCAGGAAUACUCUUUCCUCCGCUGGAGAUCGACUCCCACCCACCACUGCCCAACAUAGCUCCAUUGGAGACCGACUCCCACCCACCACUGCCCAACAUAGCUACGUUGGAGACCGACUCCCACCCAACACUGCCCAACAAAGAUCCGCUGGAGACCGACUCCCACCUACAACUGCCCAAUAUAGCUCCGAUUAGAUCUUAGGAAACAUGUAGCUCCUGGGAAUAGUCAACUUUCACCAACAUAGUAUAACCGUUCAAAAUAACGUAUUUUCAAUAGUGCUGCAAUUGGCGCAUACUGUACUUGUUCGGCCAUGCAAUAAAUUCCUAGUCCAAUACAGAGUGUUUGUAUCCCUAUUUCAGUACAUUUCUCUUUACAUACUAAAUAUUUCUAUUCCUUUUUCAAUAUGUUACUAUUCAAAUACCAAAUAUUUCUAUUCUUGUCCAAAUGUUAACUCAAUUUAAAUAUUAUGCCAUAACAGAAAACCUACUCCCUUUUCUUUCCUGCCUCCACCACUGCUGAAACGAAGAAAUAGAAACGACACCCAUGAUUCCUUUUUUAUCUGUUUACAUUCUUUUACCAUGUACGAACAGGUGGACACCUUCAACGUAUUAGCAACUUAAUCCGUUUAUCCAAACGAUUAUUAAAUGAGCACUACCACCACAAACCCCCCACACGACAGACCACAUCAAUGGCUGCUUCAUAUCACCACUUCUCCUACGCUAAUCUACUUUUCCUUUCACCGUCUGUCGUGCCCAUUGACAGCCUGGUCUGAAUUCAGGCCGUCUGCCUUUUAAAGACCACUGGUUACAUUUGUAUGUCUGAGAAUCCACGGAGCACGUUUAAAAGGAAGUACGCGUCCUGUUAUGGAAAUUGGGUCUUCGGAGUCGCGGAGCUGGUAUCGUCACAUUUUGUGUGGAGUCGUGCUGAGGGGUUCGAUUACUGUUAGAGAAAAAAAACAUUUGACGUGUUCACAAAAAAAUAUUUACCAUUGCUGUCAAUUUAUCAGUACGAUUUAUGUCAACAAUUGUGUGAUGUAGUUGGCGUUUUCAUGGAAUCGGAGCCGCAAUCGACAAUUAUUUUCACACCGAUUCUAAGUAGUAACUAAAACUAACGGUGAAUAAAUUAUUCCGGAGUCCACAAUCAAAUGAACGUUCGCAUUCAGAAAAAAAAAAUGGAAUGAGUUUUUAGUACAAAAGAAAACAUUUUUAUGUCACAUAUUUUUUUUUUUAAAUCCAUAAAUGUAAUCUUGUCAAGUGGCCAGGGCUGUACGUAAAUGAAAUGAGAAAUUAGUUCAGUAACUUUGUUAGAUGGGCUUAUAGGUGUUGCUACCGAAAUAUGUGACAGAUAGUUGUUAUAGAUCGUACGUGGUUAAGAUAACAACGGGAUCCUAUGUGGAAGGAUUGUGUGUAGUCUGAGAAAUGUAGAAAUUGUAUUUACCGUUAUUUCCAGCAAGUUGUUCGCCUAAUUAACUGGCGUUAUGGUCAACUUAUCCGUCUGAUGUUGUAAUGAUGGGAAACAUUUAAUUCGACGGACCAUUUCCUAUCGAGGACGAUGGAAUUUACGUCGUUUUAAAGUCGCAGUCCCACCGAUGUCGGAAUACACAGUUCAUCUGAAAUGUUGGCGUUUAAUGUUGGUGUUAAAUGUCGGUGUUCGAUGUUGAACGUCUUGUAGCAGAGUUAAUGGGAUAAGAAAAAAAGAUAAUCUGUAAGUAUAUCUGCCCUGACCACGCACAGAGCCCUGUCCACGAACAGUGCCUGUCCACGCACAGUGCCCACUCCAGGCACAGUACCCUGUCCACGCAAAUUUCCCUGAGAUAUUGUUUACAUAGUUGUAGCUAUAUUAUACAAUGAUGAUUUGUUUUAAUUUAAUAUUCUUGGCAACGGUGUGACGUACUACACAUAGUUUGCCUUGGGAUAGAGUCUGGUCGCCUGGAGAUCGCAAGUACUCACAUUAAAUCUGCUUCAGUCUUGAUAUAAUUUUAACACAUUUCAUUAAUUAAAGUUCCAAUGAAAAAUUGUUAAAUAAACAGAUUUGACUUACUUUGAAAUAAAAUAACGAAGUGUAUAUCUGAUCUGUAGUUUAUUUAGACUAAAGUUAAAAGGAACAUGAUAAUCUCAUUUCAGACCAGGGUUAAAAUGAUGAUAGAUUCUAAAUACAACCAGAGGUUGGCGAAAUCUUGGGAGAGCAGGCGGAAAAAUCCAGACCUGGUCCAGGUAAGACUAGUGUUAAGUGAUUGUCUCUCGUGAAGGAAUUCAAUUUGGAACUAAAAACAGACUUGAAAGAUAUUAGAGGGGACACAUAGAUUAGAGGGGACACGUAGCUUAGAGGGGACACAUGGCUUAGAGGGGACACAUGGCUUAGAGGGAACAAGUGGCUUAAAGGGGACACGUAGAUUAGAGGGGACAAAUGGUUUAGAAGGGACACGUAGCUUAGAGGGGACACAUGGCUUAGAGGGGACACAUAGAUUAGAGGGGACAAGUGGCUUAAAGGGAACACGUAGAUUAGAGGGGACACAUGGUCUAGAGGGGACACAUGAACAAGAGGGAACACAUGGCUUAGAGGGGACACUUAGGAUUUAAUAUGUAACGAAAAGACAGUAUUCCUUCUUAAUGUAUGUGCCGGGCAUAUUAUGAUUUCUUUAACCUCGCUCUACCGCCCACUAACUGGUUAUCGAUUUCAUAUGAUUGCCAAUCAUGCUUGACAGCCCAUGCACGAUACCUGAUGUAAAUUAUCAAAUGUUGAUAAUUGAUGAUGGCUAAUUCGUGUUAAUGAACAGAUCAAUGCCAAUUAACUUUGUAAACUGUAUUUGGCAGUGCCCCGUAAUCUCCAUGGCACACCUAGACUCUUGCCAGAGUUGCGCGGCACACAAUAAUUAAAACGGGGAAAAAAUCUAUCCGACUGAUUUACUUUUGUUUACCAACGUUUAAACAAGAUUCAUUUUUGGUUUCAUUCCUUAAAGACGUGAAGAUACCAUGAGUGAGUACAUUGUUUAGACGAUACCAUCAGUUAGUACAUUGUUUGGACCAGGUUUCUUGUGAAGAUACCAUGAGCGAGUACAUUGUUUAGACGAUACCAUCAGUUAGUACAUUGUUUGGACCAGGUUUCAUGUGAAGAUACCAUGAGCGAGUACAUUGUUUAGACGAUACCAUCAGUUAGUACAUUGUUUGGACCAGGUUUCUUGUGAAGAUACCAUGAGCGAGUACAUUGUUUAGACGAUACCAUCAGUUAGUACAUUGUUUGGACCAGGUUUCAUGUGAAGAUACCAUGAGCGAGUACAUUGUUUAGACGAUACCAUCAGUUAGUACAUUGUUUAGACCAGGUGUCUUGUGAAGAUACCAUGAGCGAGUACAUUGCUUAGACGAUACCAUGAGCGAGUUCAUUGUUUAGAACUGAUGCCUUUUUUUGCGUGAUGUGUUUUAUAGAAAUCAUUGUCUACUUUUUUUCAGUGAGGUUUUAACUCAAAUUUAACAGAGUCUUUAAAAUAAUAAUAAGUUAAUGUUCUAAUUUGUAGUAUUAAAAUUGUAAAUUAUCGACAAUAGUAGAAUUAUUUCCGUUUAACAUCGUAUGCGUAUACAAUACUUUUUAAGUGACUCCGUUAGUCAUACAAAACUCAAAAUAAAAACAUUAAUACAAAACAAAGAAAACUCUACAUCAAACUGUAAUGAGAUCAGUUGGAACAAAGGCAAGAGAAAGUUAUUAUUUAGCCUCUUUGUUUCUCCUCUGUACAUUGUACUUAAUCGUUUCAUACGUUGAGUGUAUUUUUGUGGUGUACUUAUUAUUUUCAUACCGAACUUAACAUGAGGUGCAUACAUUUUUUUUGUGCACUUAUCAUUUUCAUGCUGAUCUAAGCAUGUUUUGCAUACAUUUUGUGGUGCACUCAUUAUUUUCAUGCUGAUCUAAGCAUGUUGUGCUACAUUUUGUGGUGCACUUAUUAUUUUCAUGGUGAUCUAAGCAUGUUGUGGAUAAAUUUUGUUGUGCAUUUAUUAUUUUCAUGCUGAUCCAUGAUGUGCACUCACACACAGUUUUGCCUACUGAGUAAUGUUUUACCUACAAUUAUGCCGUUCUCAUAUUUUGUUCCACCUAUUUAUUAAUGUUUAACCAACAUCUAAGCCGUACAAGUAUUGAGAUAUCAGAUUGUCCUUUCCCCAGGACAAGACAAGGCCGAAAAGGCGACAUGACUUUGAAGAGAAAGAUAUGAAGCAGCUGAACGCCUUGGCUGCGGGUAUCCCCGCUAGUAAAGUGGAACUGAUCAAAGAAGUGUUUGAUAAGGCUGGCUGGCAAAGGAAGAACAGAGUCCAUAAGGGCAGGGAUGAGAUGAUGGCCUUGAGGUAUGUUACAUUACGUCAUUAAGAGAGGUAGAGGGCAUCUGGGCGGCACCUUUUCCUUUUAUUUGAUGGGGACAGCGUUUUCAGAAUUUUUGAUAGGACAAGGUUGAGCGACAAUUUCUGGCCCGUCCUGGAUGGCACUAAAACUUACGCCCAACCACCCCCCCCCCCCACCCCUGGGUACGUGUGUUGCUAAUGAAGGCAGGUUGUCUUCAGAGCUCGAAAGCGACCUGGUCAGACAAGAUUUUAAGCACUGCUAAUAAGUAGAGGUACAUUUUUUUAUGAAUUCACGAAAUAUGAAUCAUGGGAUGGACAUUUUGAUUAGGACGUACUGGGACAGACACUAUUUUGGUUUAGGACGUACUGGGACGGACACUAUUUUGGUUUAGGACGUACUGGGACGGACAACUAUUUAAUUAGGACGCCGUGGGAUAGACACAUUUUAAUUAGGACGUAGUGGGAUAGACACAUUUGAAUUAGGACGUAGUGGAAUAGGCAACAUUUGAAUUAUGACGUAGUGGAAUAGGCAAAAUUUUAAUUAGGACGUAGUGGAAUAGGCAACAUUUUAAUUAGGACGUAGUGGAAUAGGCAACAUUUUAAUUAUGACGUAGUGGAAUAGGCAACAUUUUAAUUAUGACGUAGUGGAAUAGGCAACAUUUUAAUUAUGACGUAGUGGAAUAGGCAACAUUUGAAUUAGGACGUAAGAAAUCGUUUUAAAAUUUUAUUUUAACAUUUACUUUAAAAAAAAAAAAGAACACUGUAGAUUUUAAGACGUCAAACUAAUAGCUUUAAUCUAGCCCUCCAAAUGAUUUGAGGAUAAGGCUUACAUUAAUUCUUCAUACAGAGUCACUUCCCGCCAAUAAAAGAAAACAAAAAUAUUUCCCAUGUUUUCCCAUAGCGGGACAAAAAUCAACAUUCAACAACAAAAGGGAAAAACCAGAUCUCCGUGGAAUCAUCCAGGAAACAAAUCAACCGCGAUAGAGCCGGGCCAUCUCGGCCGUGUGGGGCUUGACCCAGCUGGAAAUCCCAGCUUACUGGGGAUCCCUUUCAUGGCCGAGUACUACAGCUACACACAGACCAGGCGCCAGCUGGACGACGAGGGAUUCUGGGACGCUCAGGACGGACACUUCAAGACAUCGGAGGAACAAUUUGUACGAAAUUCUUUUUUGACUUUACGAGUUUUACAAAGUUCUGCGUUGAGCUUUUCUUUCUUUUGUUUAAAACUAUAGAACAAAAAAAAAUCCUGAGAAAGUGAAAGAAUAAGUUUGUACACGUUUGUAUUUGUACAAUUGUAUAUUUUACAUUUGUUCAUUGAAUAGUGUACAUUUGUGAGUCAUUGUCACCUAUCAGUUUUCGUUACUUAUGAACACUCACUAACAUCUUAAAGAUGAACGGUGAUUUUUUAAAAGACAUGGGAACCCUGCUAUAACGCGCCCCGCCAUAACGCGAAUUCGGAUAUAACGUAGGUCGUAGCAUGGCUCCCGAAAUUUGAAAUUCAUUUAUUCCAUCAGGCAUAAGUUCUUUGAAAAUUUUAUCAAUUGCUUGGAAAGCCUUUUUUUAAAGCGAAAAAAAUCCAAACUUUUAAAAAUGUCGUAGAAAAUGAGCCCCUAAACAAACCACGUUCAAACUAGUGUCAAAAUUAAUGCCGAAAACGAGGCUUUCUUACGGUAGAACUAUAAAUAAAAUAAAAAAAAAGAAAUAUUUUAAAACUGCGCAUUAACACAACCCCGCUUUUAAUGCGAUCCGAUUUUAUGGACCCCGAUCAUCGCGUUAUAGCGGAUUUCCACUGAAUAUAUAUAUUUUUGGCAGCGGUUCUCCGAUCUUGAAAAUGAGCUCCUGAAGGAAGAAGCGAUAACAUACGGACUGAAGGAUGAGCCAAGUGUUGAACAGGAAGCUGCUUUAGCUGUUGAGAAAGUGAGUACGCUAUCUUUGACCUUCACCUUUGGUAAAUAUUUAUGUGAUUGUGUGGGGGCAGUCACGCUGUAGUGUAUGCACAAUUCUAUGAGCAUAAUGUCAGCCCUAUUUCUUAAAACACAUGCAAUUUUUCAUCCAGUGGCGGAGCUAGGGUUGGUGCCCCCGAUACAAGCAAAGCUUUAAGCUGACCCCUUUACACGAAAACAACAUUCGCAGUUGGCAGAAAAUGCCACCCUCAAUAUAGAGAAAAAAUAUGUGCUGUCUGAAAAAAAAGGGGGGGGGGCAGACGGCUCUUUCGUCCUCCUUCAUCACAUUUGUUACCCGUUUCCUAACGUGUCCUUUUUCUCUGACCGACUCCUUUAUGAUUUUUAUGUGCCUCAGUAGCCCUAUAAUUACUUUCGUUUUGCCCAUUUUGUUUACCUACAUUGGCUCUGCCCAUGAUGUUUAACGUUGAAAGCUCUUCAUUUCAGGGGCGUAGAAAGUCCACGAAGCGGGUCAUGAUAAGUAACAUGCCACCACUUUCUACGACCAUCUCAAGAGAAGAGGAUUGCGACACAGGCAUAGACACCCAGUCUCAGGUUGGGUCGUUGGACGGCAGGCAAGACGAAGAGGUCACCAAUGUACAGGAGACAGACAAUCAGGUAGGCUGGACGUCCGCUGUCUGUCGUCGAGCUAAAUAUCUUGACUCUAUCAGCACUAUUUUCAAUUGCAUCGAUACAACGUAUGACAAAAUAAAGGUGACUCCGAAUUUAGGUAUGACAACAUAAAGGUGACAUCGAGUCUAAGUAUGACAACAUAAAGGUGACAUCGAGUUUAAGUAUGACAACAUAAAGGUGACAUCGAGUCUAAGUAUGACAACAUAAAGGUGAGUUCGAGUCUAGGUAUGACAACAUAAAGGUGACAUCGAGUCUAAGUAUGACAACAUAAAGGUGACAUCGAGUCUAAGAUAGAUCACAUAAAGGUGACUCCGAGUCCAAAUACAAGUUAACGCGAUGACUACAAAAAGUAGUACCGCAUGGUGGCCCCAUCCUUUCCAUCAUGACUAAAUCCUUUGAUCCACAUAAGAAUCACCGAAACUGCAUGUCGUGUAUUAUAUAUAUUUAUUAAUACAAAUUAUACACAAGUGCGUCUUACUCUUAACAAUAUUAGUGAGGCUAGUAUAUCAGUCGAAAUAUGAACCAAAUCUAUGUGGUCUUUUAUCUGAAAUAUGAACCAACCCUAUUUGAUCAAUAUAAUAUGAUAUACAAUUUGAUAACUGAACUAGCAGUAUCAUGUACAACAUGAUAUUGAAUCUGAGAAGUGUACCAGUAGCACUAUGUUCUAUUAACAACAUGAUAUUGAACCUGAGAAGUGAACCAGUAGCUCUAUGUGCUAUGUACAACAUGAUAUUGAACCUGAGAUGUGAACCAGUAGCUCUAUGUGCUAUGUACAACAUGAUAUUGAACCUAAGAUAGAACCAGUAGCACAAUGUGCUAAGUAAACAUGAUAUUGAACUUGAGAUGUAAACCAGCAGCUCUAUGUGCUAUGUACAACAUGAUAUUGAAUUUGAGUGUCACAGCCCACGAAUAGGGGGUACGUGAUUAUAGAAGGCACGCUGUGGUCCCAUAGGAACUGUAAAGCAUGAACAACAAUUUGACGGGAUUUAAAGACUUUAAGGAUUAACAUGUUGACAGUAGGUCUGUGCUGUGGUUUUACAGGACUUAACGUCUAAGACAACCAACCGAUAGGUGGCUCUAGUUCAUCUGGUUGUGUUCUGUCAGACAUGUUAUUACAUUCAGUUGUAACUAUUUCAUAACGCUGCGUUCUAUCUGUGGGAUAUAUUGCUUCCUCGAAUUGUAAAUUUUACUUGCUUUGAUCUAUCUUUGGGAUAUAUUGCUAUCUUCAAUUGUAACUAUUUCAUAAUGCUAUGUUCUAUCUGUGGGAUAUAUUGUUACCUCCUAUUGUAAAGUUUUCAUAACGCUGUGCUCUAUCUGUGAGAUAUAUUGUUAUGUCCAAUUGUUAAGUUUUCAUAGAGUUUUCAGCUGUAAGGCAUCAUUAUUGCUUUCAGCUGUAACUAUUUUAUAGCGUCAUGUCUCACCUGUAAGGCUUCAUUAUUGCUGUCAGUUGUAACUAUUUCAUAGCGUCAUGUCUCAGCUGUAGGGCAUCAGUAUCACUGUCAGUUGUAACUAUUUCAUAGCGUCAUGUCACAGCUGUAGGGCAUCAUUAUUGCUGUCAGUUGUAACUAUUUCAUAGCUUCAUGUCUCAGCUGUAGGGCAUCAGUAUCACUGUCAGUUGUAACUAUUUCAUAGCGUCAUGUCACAGCUGUAGGGCAUCAUUAUUGCUGUCAGUUGUAACUAUUUCAUAGCGUCAUGUCUCAGCUGUAGGGCAUCAGUAUCACUGUCAGUUGUAACUAUUUCCUAGCGUCAUGUCUCAGCUGUAGGGCAUCAUAAUUGCUGUCAGUUGUAAAUAUUUCAUAUCGUCAUGUCUCCGCUGUAGGGCAUCAGUAUCACUGGCAGUUGUAACUAUUUCCUAGCGUCAUGUCUCAGCUGUAGGGCAUCAGUAUCACUGUCAGUUGUAACUAUUUCAUAGCGUCAUGUCACAGCUGUAUGGCAUCAUUAUUGCUGUCAGUUGUAACUAUUUCAUAGCGUCAUGUCUCAGCUGUAGGGCAUCAGUAUCACUGUCAGUUGUAACUAUUUCGUAGCGUCAUGUCUCAGCUGUAGGGCAUCAUUAUUGCUGUCAGUUGUAAAUAUUUCAUAUCGUCAUGUCUCCGCUGUAGGGCAUCAGUAUCACUGGCAGUUGUAACUAUUUCCUAGCGUCGUGUCUCAGCUGUAGGGCAUCAUUAUUGCUGUCUGUUGUAAUUAUUUCCUAGCUUCAUGUCUCAGCUGUAGGGCAUCAUUAUUGCUGUCAGUUGUAACUAUUUCCUAGCGUCAUGUCUCAGCUGUAGGGCAUCAGUAUCACUGGCAGUUGUAACUAUUUCCUAGCGUCAUGUCUCAGCUGUAGGGCAUCAUUAUUGCUGUCAGUUGUAACUAUUUCAUAGCGUCAUGUCUCAACUGUAGGGCAUCAUUAUUGCUGUCAGUUGUAACUAUUUCAUAUCGUCAUGUCUCCACUGUAGGCAUCAUUAUUGCUGUCAGUUGUAAUUAUUUCCUAGCGUCAUGUCUCAGCUGUAGGGCAUCAUUAUUGCUGUCAGUUGUAACUAUUUCAUAGCGUCAUGUCUCAGCUGUAGGGCAUCAUUAUUGUUGUCAGUUGUAACUAUUUCAUAUCGUCAUGUCUCCGCUAAAGGGCAUCAGUAUCACUGGCAGUUGUAACUAUUUCCUAGCGUCAUGUCUCAGCUGUAGGGCAUCAUUAUUGCUGUCUGUUGUAAUUAUUUCAUAGCUUCAUGUCUCAGCUGUAGGGCAUCAUUUUUGCUGUCAGUUGUAAUUAUUUCCUAGCGUCAUGUCUCAGCUGUAGGGCAUCAUUCAUGCUGUCCGUUGUAACUAUUUCCUAGCGUCAUGUCUCAGCUUUAGGGCAUCAGUAUCACUGUCAGUUGUAACUAUUUCAUAGCAUCAUGUCACAGCUGUAGGGCAUCAUUAUUGCUGUCAGUUGUAAAUAUUUCAUAGCUUCAUGUCUCAGCUGUAGGGCAUCGAUAUUGCUGUCAGUUGUAACUAUUUCAUAGCGUCAUGUCUCAGCUGUAGGGCAUCAGUAUCACUGUCAGUUGUAACUAUUUCGUAGCGUCAUGUCACAGCUGUAGGGCAUCAUUAUUGCUGUCAGUUGUAACUUUUUCAUAGCGUCAUGUCUCAAGCUAUAGAGCAUGUUUAUUGCUCGCAACUUAUUUUUUCAUAUCCACAUUUGUUCGAUGUGUCAAGUGUGUUUAAAAGUCGAAUGUUUUUAGAAUUGGUUUAGACUUUUUGCUGUGAAAUGGAAAUUAAAAUAAAUAACCAUGCAAACAAAUGUGUUGAUUAUUGCAAGGUCGUCCUCACGCGCGCAACUUUCCCAUACUCUUAUCCAUACUUUAUCCAUGGAUUCAUAAAAAUUCAUAACGUCUCCACUGAAAGACAUCUUUAUUGAUGCCAUUUGUAACUAUCUCAUAGCGGCGUGUGUCAGCUGUAAAGUUUGUGCCAUGUUUAUAGUUACGUUUGGCCAAGUAUAUUAUAUUGGUAUUGUUAUAGGUAUCGGAUUGUCAUUGGUAUUGGUAUUGGCAUUGCAUUUGGCAUUGGUAUUGGUAUUGGCAAUGGCAUUGCUAUCGAAAUUGGUAUUUUUGAACAAUUUGAAAUAAGUUAAAAUAACUACUUAUUAACAUGUUGCUGUAGUUUUAAAUUGGCUUACAACGGGAGAUGUAUGCAGGAUCGGUUUUUUUUUCAGAACAUCUUCUCGUAUGUUUAGCUUGACAUUGCCUUUGCUGUUCUGUGGUUUCGUAUUGUGACAUGAACAUUAGUGUCAAAAAUAAAAGCAUAAGAAAAGUUGAACUUUCAUUUAAAAGACUUUAAUAUAGAUUUUCAAACACUGGCCCUGAGCUCAGGAAUCCUAUUCUGCCAAUAUGACGUCGUUGGGAUCAAGGCUGAACGGUUUUCUACCACCUGUCAAUCAACAGUCCAUCUUUCAGUCACUCGGUAUGGGUCAAGCAAGUGUUAAGCAGACGUCUUCUUUUGACUAUGAAAGAUUGUUCUUUGGAAGACAGAAUUCUGAGACUGAGUACAAAGAUAAGGAGGUUUCUAGAAAUGGGGAUGACAAGGUGGUGUGGCUAAAAAGAAGCCGGUUCCGAAAUGGGUCAAAGACAACAAAUGCCUCGGGGCCAAAGAUCAGCGUGAGUCGUGAGUGUAGUUGUGUCUGGAGUGAGUCAGGACUAACGAACUAAGAUCAGCGUGAGUCGUGAGUGUAGUUUUGUCUGGAGUGAGUCAGGACUAACGAACAAUAGACUGAGCGCAUGAAAUAAUUAGGGCCUGUGAAUUGGGGUGGUGGUGGUGGUGUCCGAUUGUAUUUAAUGUCUAGGAUUAGUGUAGGAGAGUUGUCGGAAUGAUGUGGGAGAGUUAUGGGGUAUGUUUGAGGAUCAGGUGCAAAGGAGCAGACUCUCAAAAUCAGAAGGUUCAAAAAAGUCAUCAAAUUUAUAGGGCUGAAUCAUACUCAUUUUUUUAAAACGAGGUUAGGGGGCAAUGUUGAGUCUUCGUCCGGGGCGUAGAUUUGCACUCAAGACAUAUAUCUUUAAAAUCUACGAUUCAGACCCCAUUCUCAGUCAGAUAAACAAUGUUCGAUCCUGCUGAGUGUCGUCCAUUGCUUGACAGGGGUAAGUAGUACUUGGGUGGGCUAGAUCAAUGUUUUUAAAAGCUGUUUUUAAAUUAAUAAUUGUAUUUAUCUUUUAAAAAAUUUCAUGUUGAUUUGUUUCUUUUCUUUUUUAUUCUUCUUUUUUUUUUUUUUGUUGCUAAUUUUAAUUUGAAGCGCAGUGAGCCUAGUCCUAGUCUGUGUUACCGCGCUAUAUAAGAACACUCUAAUAAUAAUAAUAAUAAAUAACGGAUAUGUUUUUAAUUUGGCUGUAAUCAGUGAAGGAUAAAAUGUAUUGCCUUACUGAAGGAAUCUCUUUAAAGAUUUGUUUGGAUUGCUAAUUACUGCAGAGUAUUAUGUUUCUAAAUGUGAAUAUAUUUCAAAGGAACACUGUCACUGUCAGAGAAAAUAUGUUUGUUUUUUAUACGUUGGAAAGAACACUCAGCAGUAACGAACUGUCUACUUUAACAUGUGUUCUGCCAUGUCAAUAAUAACAAUGGUUCUGUAACGGACAAUGUUUUCACAUGAAAACAGAGAGGUAGCAUGAGUGAACAAUGAAUGGUGUUGACCAUGUUUUUGUCCACGAGGACAAUGAAUUUUAUUUUGAGAUACAAAUGUGAGCUCCACGUUUUUGGAGAGUAAAAUUAUGUUUUUGUCAGAGCGGUUGUUUUCCACGCUUUGCUGGUAAUGAAGUAUGAGUUGACUGAGAUAGUGAGAGCUGAGCGCAGAGCAGUAGAGUCAGUAGCGUGAGAGCUGUGUGAUUAGACAGUUGACAGUUUAGUGUGAGGACGUGUCUUUCUUAAUGAUGGAAUACUAUAGAUAUAUAUGUGAAAUUACAUUCAUGCAAGGAUUAUUUAUUAAUAUUAUCAAUAUAAAGUGUGUUCAAUAAAGUACUGUAAGUUUAACCAGGAUUCAGUAUUCUUAUUUGCGUGCCCGGAUUAUAAGUGGAAGAAUGAAGAAGCCUUAGUCGGCAUCCUGAAAUAUCAACAUAACAUAAGUAACCAUACUACUGACAUAACCCACAGCAUAAGAAAUAAGCUCCCACGCCAUGUCAGAGUAGGUGUGUUACAGGUUCAUAUAGCUUCCUUAUCAACAGAGUACUUGACACAACCAAACAUUUUGCUAAUCAAAUUAAUCUUGACAGUGUGGGUGACAGAUAAUCCAAUAUAGCCGCGGAAUUAUAAACGUCGCGUUUAUUGGAUUCCUUUACUCUUGAGCAGAACGUCAAUUGCAUAUCAUUAACAGCGGUUUUAAAAACAUGGUACAUCGACCAUCCAUAUUUAGAAAAACGACUUGUUAAACUCGACAUGUGUAAAGAUACAUUAGGGAAAUUAUAAUCAUUUCCUUGAUGACUCAAGUAAUAUCCAUUUGAGCAUAUUUAUUUUUAUACAGUUUUUUUCCCUGUAGUUUUUGCUACUUCAGAGGCUGUAAGAAUUGCAUAUAAUAAAUUGUAAGGCUUGUAUAUAGCAAAUAUAUUGAGCGUAUCAAUCAUUAAAUACUUUAAAUGGCAACGUAAACGUUUAUAUAAAGAAAAAUAAUUAUUGAUAUUAACUUAAUACUAGAUAAACUUUUGUUCAUUUACAAAGAAAAAUAUGGAAACAAAGAAGGUUUGGGAACGUACGAGUCCAGCAUUAAAAUGUCCGUAACAGCUUUUAAAAUUUCGCUGCCGGUUUGGACGUCCAGUGACAACUUGUAACUCUAUGCGAUGAAUGCUCCUAGGACGUGUCUACUGAAAGUAAAGUUACCAUGUUACAAGUUUAAACUCUUACAUGCUUUUACUUAACAACAUCACUCCUAAAAUUAUAUCGUAAAAGUAACCCACUACAACGAUAAUUUACUGGAAAUCAGCUGCCAGUACUUUAUCUUAAAAAAGCAUGGAAUAAGCGAUAAUUUUUCGCUUCAGUUUCAUUACUUCAUAACUCAACAUGCACAUCAAAUGAUAUCCCUCGUUACCAUGCAGGUUGUGGCACCGACCCUUUCCAACAAUGAUCCCAUGUCAAGGUUCUACGCCCGACUUCAAGAGUUAAAUGAGACGAAUGAUGAUGACAUUGAUACCAACAACCCUGACCCGGAUGUAGAUAAAAGAAUACGAGUAAGCAACGUAAGAGGCUUUGCUUUGCUUGAAAUUAUAGAAUAUUUGAACGUGUCACGAAACUUUUUAUUAUUAUUGAUCACUACAUGUAAUGAAAUAAGUUUAUUUAGUGAGAUCCAAAUAAACAUCUAAACUUUGAUAAACAUUACUAUUCCGUUAAUAUUUUAAGUUUCGCUUAGCUUAACAAGUAUCUAUUAACUGAUAUACAUAUACGGUACGUUAAAUAUUGCAAUCUAUUAUGUAGUAUUAAUCUGCAUUUUGAAAGGAAACAAGCAGAGGGAGUCUUUAUUUCUUACUAGCUGGGGAAACGUAAACACGUUGCGAGUGUAACAUACGGUAGAGGUACAUAAUCUAUUGUACUCAUAAUAAUAACUCUAGAUGGCUCUCCAUAUAUCAACAAAUGCUUUGUUGUAAUUAUUCUGUAAAGAAGCAUUUGGUGCGUUCUUUAUCAAACACAAUGACGUGUAAGCAGUGAAUAAAAGCGCAUCAUUGUGCUCAAUGAGAGAGGGGCAGACGAGAUCCACUCGGAAAUUAUAGUUUAAGAUAUAAAGUGUUACAUUAUUGAAGUAUUUGUACAAAAUCAUUCAAAUAAAUAAAUGUAACAUAUUACCUUUUACACCAACGACAUUUUUGGUACACGGCUUUGUUCAAUAGUUAUACUCGAAUUCAAACAAUAAUUGGUGUUUUAAAUAGGUUAAACAUUCUUAUGUAUGUUAUAUUGAAAUAUUGGACAUCACCUUACGGAUAGACGACCGUUGUAUACCAUUGCACAUGACAAGCUUUUAGACUGGGGGUGUAAUGUCUGUCACCAAGAAGAGCCGCUCUAAGCAAUCAACUUGUUUAUUGUAGACUGUGAUUAUGCUAUUGCCUUUGCUUUUUAAAUUAAACAUAACAAUAUAUUACUGUACAGUAUACCAAAAUAUGAUCUUGAAUCAAAAGAGGGGGGGGGGGGGAUCAGGAUUUCAAGUUAUUCGUUUUUUUUAGGGGUAAGGAAAAAAAAAAGUUAAUUCAAAUAAAAAUGGAAUAUAUUCUUAACUGCGAUAUUAUCCUUCGGUAUCUUUGAGACACUGAGUAGUUGAACAAGUUAAUGUCUUUAGGAUCACAGACGAAUCAAAACUGCUCUGAGGCGCCUCUUGACAGAAAGAUUGAUCUCAGACCCAAGCAAGCUGAAGAGCAAAAAAGCAGGCGUCCAGAACGAGGUCAACGGACGUCCCAUAGGUGCUAUUUAUAGCAACACAAAUCUAUCGAAAAAUGGGUUAGGAGUUGGACAGUUAAAACCAGGACCAGGGACAGACCGUUUCAAGGUUACAUCAACGAAUGGAAGCAAACCGGUAGGUGACCUAUGACACCCUGGGCAUAUACAAUAAGAUAGAGGUUAACAAAUAUGCAUUGAAAUAAUUUGGAAGAAAAGUCGUGGACAAUCAAUGCCUUUGGAUUUAGGUCACAAAUAGGAAUAUAAGGUAUAGAACGUUUAUACUGCUUCUUUUUUAAAAUCAAAUUCAUGGAGGCCAUAUAUGUAUAUAACUAUUGCUUACAUAAAUUCUGUAUUUAAUUAUUAGUGUUAAUGGCACAUGGCGUUAUAAAACCAUUUAUUUAAUAUUUAUUAUAUAGCAGCAUCAAAGUGAGAAAUGGAUCUUUAUAAACUGGUCUUAAUUAUUUUAUGGUUUUAAUUCCAUGAUUAAUUGAGCGAUUUGUUGUAUAUUUUUUUUAUGGCAGGGUAACAUAGUGUUGACGGAUCUUAAAAUAAACGGCAUUCCUGUAGGCCAGCAAAGUGACCCUGACAUCCAGGACAUCGAACAUAAAAAACAGGAGAAAGGGUAUCAGGCACCCGAUACUAGGUACAUGACAUAGAGUUCUUCUCUUCUAUGCCCUUUUCAGCUAACAGUGAAGCAUAGGCAAUUAAAAAAAAAAUUUUCAAGUACAAAUGGAGCAUAGGCCAUUGAAAAUAUCGCUAAACUACCAAGGGAGCUUGGGCCAUUGAACAUUUCUUUGAACUGAUAACGUAGCAUACGCCAUUGAUAAUAUCGUUGAAAUAAUAAGGCAGCAUAUGCCAUUGAAAAUAUCUUUGAACUACCAAGAGAGCAUGGGCUAUUUCCUUACCUUCCUGUUUCUUGCAACCUUCUUUUUCAAAAAUCUCUACUAUUCCUAUGUAGUCGGCGUAAUUUUUAAAUAAUUUUUUUUCCAUUUGCAUCAUCAGAGAGUGAAUGAGAAACAAAUAUCAACCAAACGAGAUUUAGAAACGACAUAUUAAUGCUUAAAAUCAAUUAAAGUACCAUGUAAUGUGUAUAUUUAAAAAAAAAUACAUGGGGCACAUUCUUGGCCCCCUCACCCUAGUCUUUGGGUACAAUCCUGCAAAACGCGGACACUCAAAAAAAUUCCUAAACACCAUUAACUGUGAUGACAUGAGGUAUGCUUAAAGGAAUCAGCCUUAGAAAUUGAUUCCAAAAUGGGCUCCACGAGUAAAAAAAGAUUGGAAAUCACUGGUUUAAGGAAUACAAGUCUUAAUAGAGGGAAACCAUUCAUCCAAAAUGACGUGACCAUCAGAUGUUUGGUAAUGUUUUGCCAAUAAUUGUUGUAACCUUAAACUGAAAAUUAUUUUAACAGCUUUAACAGGUUUAAUUGUUAUUUUUAAGGAAUUUGACUUGAGCCCUAUCGACGAAUGAGUAGCAUGUGUGUAGCUCUAUCAACGAAUGUGUAGCAUGUGUGUAGCCCUAUUAAUGACUGUGUAGCAUGUGUGUAGCUCUUUCAAUCAACGUUUAAAGUAAAACAUGUUUAGUUUGAUUAAAUAUCUUGAUUGUAGUGUAAUUUUUCAUAUAUAUUGUUUAAUGCGGCGCCCAGUAACAUUUCGUUAUAUCCAAAAUUAAGACUCGGAUCAUGGAUCGUUUCUUUUUUAAUGAAACAAAAGAUUUUUCUGUACUGUUAUAAGUGGGUUUAUAAAUAACUAUAAAUUUGUCUAAGAAUUUUUUUUGUUUUUUUCAAUUUCAUAAGACAACCUCUGAAACCAAUUAAACAAGACCGGAUACCACGCAAAUACUCACAACCUAUUUCUCAGAGGUUGAAACCGACCCCGUCCCAUAACGAACGGCUGAGUGAUGGUUUAAAGACAGACCAGGCUUUCCUGCAAAGAAUUCAAGCAGAUCCGGCAGCAAGAGGAAAAUCAAACAAGGCCAAUCCCAGUGCCUUCUGGUCAAACAAUCUCUCCCAACAAUUCUCGGAACACAGAAGUCCCGCUGAUCUGAGAUACGUUGAUGAUUUGGACUUGAGGCGACUCCUGGAGGAGCUGUACAAGGACAAGAAAUAUAUGGACAAGCUCAUUACAACAGCAGGUAAUCUAUGCUCGCCUGAUAACUUUGGCAAGUCAUUACUGUCUGGAGGUGUUCUUAUAGCGAAAUACUAAUUAUAUUUCAUAACAAAGAAAAAGGCUUUGAUGCAGAAACCCUGAAUUUCUUAAUGUGAACUUAAUAAAAUAUAAUUCAGCCUGUACGAUAAUGUAAAGAGACAAAAUAUUUGUAUUAAUUUACUAUCAUUUAAAAAAUUUUCUUAAGAAUAUAAUAUUUUAAGAGUACAGUGUUUCUUAACCUUAGCUUAACAACAUCGACUUCCCUAGCUUCAUGUUGUCCCUCAUUUAGCUACUCUAUCUCUAUUAUUAUAGAGGAUGACCUCACCGAGACGGAAGUCUGCAGGAGUCUAGAACAAGGUCGUGACUACCUCAUCCAGAGGGCAUGUUUCUGGCUUGAAAGGGGGCCAUUGCCCCCACCACCGCCUUUAACGGCGUUCUCGUCGAAGGAGCAGAAGGUGAGGGCAGCCGACAAGAAUCCCGCACAGAACGAGAGUUCCACGGCCAGAUCUCGCGAGAAAAAGUCGGAAACCCUAAAAGCACAACCGCCCGGAAACGGGCACAGCAAGGAAACAAAUGAGAAUUCAAAUAAUGUCAAUGAAAACCAAGAAGUAAAGAUUGGCAAUGGCCAGUGGCAGGCUCCAGAGUUGCAAGAUAGAAGCUUUGGGCAAAACCGGCAGCACUCAGCAACCACAGAUGAUUUGGUGCCGAACGGAAUCCAAUAGGGAUAAUAAAUCAUAAGGACUCGUCGGAAUCAUGUAAUAAAUUCACUUGGACAAGUUAGCCCCAAGAUAUUAAUUCAUAAGGACAUCUCAGCUUUACAAAACACGAAUGCUAAUUCUUUCAAAUAGGGUGAGGCUCUUGAAAAUGAAUUAUAAUUCUAUCAAACAGUGUGAGCUUCUUCAAAGCGAAUGCUAAAAGUCUCAGACAGUGUGCGGCUCUGCAACAUGGCUCAUUGGAAUCAUUGAGUAGUGUGAAAUCCUCUUAACAUAAGACAAGGUGAAAAGAUGGACUGGAAAUCUUAAGCAGUGCGAGAGAAGAUUUAUCAGAAAUUGUUCAAUAAAAAAAAUUUUAAUGGAGAUUUUUUUCCCACCAUCUAAUAAGCAAAUCUGUGAUACCCAUAAUUAUUUUCUUGCUGUUAAAUAUGUAAUUCAGGAAAUAAAUUGCAGUAUUAUAUCUUUA